GCAAUACACAGAAGUCUGAGGAGCCAUAAACAAACCUCAACCAAAACGCCACUCUAUAGCCACAAAUAAUGCUCAGAACAGCACCUAACUUCAUCAACAGUACAUAUGCCAGCAAAGAGACUAAACACAACUCAUCUACUCUCUUCCAGCAUCCUCUUGUUUGUAGCAAGAACUCAGGCCAGACCAUCAUGGACUGCUGUGGGGUGACACAGCUCAAGGAAGAACAUUUAUGAUCAUUUCUUCAUGGAAAUGCAAUCAGACCGAGACACUAAGGCAAAGGAACUACCGCGUUCAGAAUGAUUAAUGUGGUGAUUACUACUUCAAGGAAAUGAUAAAGAAAUGAUCAUAAAUAUUCUAUGUUUGAUGCUAAAUUAAUUUUAGCCGGAAUAUCCCUUUAAGGAAAACAGACAUGAAGCAACAUGGUAUGGGCUUUGGUAGCAUCACAGGUCUGGUUGAUGAUAGUAGUACAGAUAGUAGCAUAUUUAAGUCCAUGCGAAGAUGUUUAAGGAUGGUUUUAUACAAAUAAGAGGUAUGGUAGGACUCUGUACUUGGGGACAGCUUGUAUGUAGCUAACAUGCUAAGUCUUCAUUUUGUUUACAUGCAGGAUAAAAUCUUAUCAAACACAUGGGACCCCUUCAUUUUGUGAUGUCUAUGACUUACGUUUGACUCAAAUUUACAUACAUAAAGUUGGUUAUUUUUGGUUGUUCUUUGACUCAAAGCAGGACCAAGAGAUGACUAAGACUAGGUUGUUUUAUGUGUGUGUGCGUCUGUCUUAGCAUUUGUGUGUCACAGAAACGUGUCUGGCCACAGCUAUGGCGACAGAAGGGGUCCCCUGUGUUGCCUUUUUCCUUUUCAAGCUGUCUCUUUACCCCCACCUCCAUGACCCAACCUCAACUGCCCUCCCUACACACACACGCACUUGCACACACACACACACACACACACACACACACACACACACACACACACACACACACACACACACACACACACACACACACGCACACUCGCGCACACACACCUUCCCUGGCUGCUGGUUUCUGCUCACACUCCCUCCUCACACAGGGUUGUGAGCAAGAGGCCAGCUGAUGGCAAUAUGUGCAUGUGUGUUAAGAGAGGUUGGAACAGUACACACAUAAAUUAUCUGACACGUUAGGUACACCUGUGUCUGCACUCUGUACUCACCGUGGCCCCAUAUCUACACCCUCUGCCACUGCUGCCCAGCUCCACACCCGGCACCAUCUGGAGAGACUGUACGAAUAACAGAUGAGGUUGAUGGACAGAAGGGAUACCACUUUUUCAAAACAUCAUUCCCAAACUUUGAAUGUGGAAAAGAGAUAUUAAAAGAGAGAUAAGAGGAGCAAAGAAAAGGGAGACAGCAGUUUUAACUCACAUAGCUUGUGAAGGACCAAACCUACACUGGGACCCUAGCUAUAGCCCUUGACAUCAUUGAGGCCUGCUGAAAAGUCAGCUGACCCUUCAGGCUUCAUCAGACAUGCACAUGAAUCUAGAAAUGAUUAAAAAAAAAGAUAAGGGCAAUGGUUUUAAGUUAACAUUUGGUUUUAAAAACCAGUUUAUUUCUUAAACUGGUUUAUUAGUGUGUGAAUGGCUUUGCCCCUGACCCAGUAAGUAAAAUGAUCAAAAAACACUCCUAUAAAGGAGCUUCUACAAGAGGAGCAGUCACAGGAGACUCUAAACCCGCAGAACACAGGACAGCUUUGGGACAGUCUUCCUUCUCAGUCAAAGGUUCACAGAUUUGGAAUAUAUGACCAUCAGAAAUAAAAACAUUAAAGGAACCCAAAGCCUCAAUAUCAAAACAAAACUAUAGCUUAAACAAAGACAUAUGUGUGAACACUAACUUACAUAUACGUAUAUUAUGGCAUUUAUGUGUGUUUAUGUGUGUGUAUGUAUGUAUCUAUGUGUGUGCGUGUGUAUGUAUAUAUGUAUGUAUGUAUAUGUAAGUCUCUGGAUUUUUGUGCAUAGAAGAAACUGCUUGUUUUGUCUGCUUUCUUGUUGUUUUUAUGCAAACAUACGAUUGCCUGUCUGCAUCUGCUAUAAUGUUAGUUUUUAUAUAGCGGUUUAUGUAUCAUGUGCUGUAUUUCCCACUGUCUAACCAGGGACAAGGACUGCAAAUUAGCCACGGCUAGAAGUCCUGCAUACACAACAUCGUUUUUUUAUUUAGAUGCAACAAUGCCUGAUGUACUGUCCCUGCCAAAUAAACGAAUAAAAAAAAUGUGCAAAGACCAAAAACUGUGCCUGAAACAGAAACAGAUGUAGCCUACAAGGCACUUCUUGCCAGCUCAAAACAAAACAUGUACAUUUAAAAAGUGUAAAACAGACAAAUGUUUGCAUUUACAUUUUUAAAACCACUACAUUUAUUUCUUUUGCAGGAGUCAAAAGUGCACUUGCACUAAAACAGAAUAAGCUUUGUUUACAACCCUCACAACAUGACUAAGCCCUAAGUCCUGUUCACUUCAGAAGAUGAAAGUCAUAGGAGAUUUGAUUUUAAGCACCAAGUUGCUUGGACUACUUUAAAAUAAAUGUGUAUUUUGGUUGUUGGUGUAAAAACUUCAUAUGCACUUGAAAGUUAAACUGGAUGGUAAUGAUCAAUUGAUUUGAGCUAAAAAUAUACUUGUAUGGGAUAUUUACCAGUUUAAUUUAUCCCCUUGUAUUUUGUAUUGUUAUUGAAAUUGGCUAUUGAAAAUCAACUGUAUGUGAUGUCAGACCAUCUUAUCUCGCUGCUCCUUUCCAAUCAGGUAGGUACUGAUUUGAAAAAGUUGGGUGCUCGUGCAAAUUCUGUUGUCCACUUUCAUGUGAGGGACGAACAAAUAAACCAAUAAAAUGUUGUGAGGGUUACAUCCUCUCUCUGCCUUCCUGGCUGACUGUCACAGACCGCCUUCACCGGAUCUCGCGAUGCUUGGCUUAUUAGCCGGCAGACACACACACACACACACACACACACACACACACACACACACACACACACACACACACACACACACACACACACACACUGACAGGAUGUUGGAAUGGGAUGAUGAGAGAGCUCCACAGUGAAGGAGGAGUGCCUCUCACACCGACCUGAAAACGUCCAAAUCGGAAAAACGGGAAGACAAGGCGUGACGGUUGCAUGUGUGAGUAUGUUUCCGUGCGUGUGUGUACGUGUGCUUGCGUGUCCGUGCGCGAGAGAAAGGGGUUGCCGUUUCUCCGCGUGACGUCACGAGCUUUCCUGAGAGUCAACACAGCCGUUGGCUGCGGUAACGGCAGCUUCCGCGGCUUCUCGGAAAUCCGUUUGAUGUAACUGCAAACGGUCGUUUUUCCCCCCUGUUUCGUUACCGCGUUACGGUGCCGACGAAGGUUGUCUGGCUGCGUUUAGCUGAGCUUAGCUCGCUGCCGGGCACUGCUUCACGUUACUUAGCCCCACUCCAGAGGGAGGAAAUUAACCCGAGCGGUUUAUGAACAGCAGGUGCACGGGAAUACCACAGCACCUGCCGAUACAGGUAAUACGGUUAGCCUGCUAGCCACACUAUUGUUUAAGUAAGAAAAAUGAAAUAACCCCACUAAAGCUUGAAAGAUCAUUUGUGUUCAUGCUCCUAAGACGGUAAAGGUGGGGGGCGGUGCCGUUUUUGACAUGUCAUUUGGGAAUGAACGAUAGCCUAUAUAUAAGUGGGGUAAGGUGGGAAAGUAUGGCGUAUGUCCUUUAAAAUUGUGAAUUAAGGUCCGUGAAUCGUUUUCCUGUUUAACAUUCAUACUUGUUCCUCCCAUGUUGCAUGCAACAUGCGUCAGUUUGACAGUGACGUCGAUGAUGCAGUGCUGGUAUUCAUUCAUGGUCUCCCCAGCAGCAGCAGCAGCAGCACUGCCUCAGAUUGACAAGCGUUUGCACGUUCACAUAUGUUUUCCAAUGGCCAGGUCCAUUCACUGUGAGUUACUGCCUAAGUUAUAUUUGAGAAAACAGUACAUCAGGUUGACUCUCAGGUUACUCAGAGAAAAAACAUGAAAGGGUAUUCAACUUUAAUAGGAGAAAAUCAUAUCUCUGAUGUUAAUGUUGGAUAUUUAAUUUUUGAUGCUGCUGCAUUAAAGCCAGACUAAAAAACAACUGGACCUAUAGCCCAAGUCUUAUUGUUUUAGUUUAAUAUCAGACCACAGCUGGUAUUGAACACCUUCAGCAUUUAUAGGGUUUAUUUUUUCAGAAAUAGGCCAAAGAAAGGUAUAUAUAUAGACAGCAGGGUAUCUCAAAUACUACCCUACUCUGUGAAUAAGUCAGUUUUCCUUAUAAUUUCAUUGACCAAGGAGAAAAGAUGUGAAACCCUAAUUUCAUAAGAGUUAGGAGGAUGCUGUGUGAAAUGUUGAAACUGAAAAAAAAUUUAAAAAGUAUAUGCUUAUUUUGAGUUGGAUGCCAGUGUCAUUUCUCAAAAUGUUGGAACAGGAGUUCGAUUCUGUCGCAUCACCUUUUCUUUAAAAAACACUGUGAAAUUUGUGAACUGGAGAGCAGUUUCUGGAAAUUACAAAGUUAGAUGUUGUCCUACCCCAGUUUUUGGAUAAGCUGCUCAACACCUCGGGUUCUUCUUGUAGUAUUUUUUAUGUCAUGUUGUUCCAAAUGUUUUCAAUAGUUGACAAGUUAGUGGUUCAGGCAGGCCAGUGUGAGGACCCAGACUUUUCUACUGCAGAGCUGUGGUGUUGUAAUAUACCUAUGUGCAAAAUGUGAUGUGAGAUCUUCUUGCUGUAAAGCUUUCCUGACAAUAAGUAUUGUCAGGGGGACAACACAUGUUGCUCCAAAAUCUAUCGUUAAGUGUUAAUGGUACCUUUCCAAAUAAAUUAACUGUGCUGUGGGGACUUGUGCUUCCCCUUACCAUUAGGGAUGAUAGCUUUUGAACUGUCUGUUGAUUGCAAGCCUCUCCUUAGAGCAAAGGAUACAGCAUCCUCAGUUUCUAAAAUGAAUGUCAGUUUUUGAUUUGUCAGAUCCCAGAACAGUUUUCCAUUUGAAAUCGGUCCAUCUUGAACAAACUUUGAACUCAACAUUCGAGAGACUCAGCCUCUCUGGAAUGCCCUUUGAUACCCUGUCAUGUAAGUCAACUGUUGCAAAUCAAUAAUUUUAUUUUUAGGGACAUGUUCUUCUAGGUGUUUUUAGCAUCAGUGACUUUUUGCUCUGGUCCUAAAUGCUUUGAAAUGUGUUGCUGGCAUCAAAUUUAAAAUGAGCAUAUAUUUUUGAUAGACUGAUACAUUUUUUCCAUCUUAACAUUUGAUUUGUCGUCUUUGCAGUCUUUUCUAUCAAAUACAAGCUUUGGAUGAUUUGAAAACUAUUUAAUUAUACAAACUUUAUAAACUUUUUGUGGUGAACCAACUCUUGUGGAAUCGUAUUUGUGGAUUUUCCCUUCACUUUUAUUUUCACCCCUAAACUACACAGUUUAGUUAAACUAUUUCUUUGGACAGUAGCUGAUGUUGGCCGUGGUUUGGAUAGAAGUAACUUGCAGGGGUGAAGUGAGUUGAGGUAAAAUGAGGUGACCUAUGCUGAUAGAAAGAUCCCUUUGUGUCAGGGUCUUGCUCAUCCUGGUGAGGGUUCCUGUCUAACUUCACCACCCUGCAUCCUUACAAAUGGUUAACCGAUAACAGUUUUCCAAUGGCCAAUGCUGAUUAUGGUAAAGCAGCUUGGCUGAUAGCCAAUAUAUAUAUAAAGCCGAUAAAACAAUGUUUGUUUUUUUUUGUUUUUUUUUAAGUAGUAAUGCAUACAGAUGACAAACAGUUUUGCUGAAUUGGAGUGACAGUUUUAUUAGAUAAAAUAAAUAUAGACAAAAAUUAUUAGGCUCAGUAAAAUAUUGUCACAAGGGACUUUUGGAUUUCUGCCUAGCUAUCUGGAAUUUGUAAGAAAGAAAAAAAUACAAGGUAAAUAUCAAAAUAAUUAAACGAUAUUAUUCUCUGCACCAUGGCCACCAGAAUUUAUAUUAAACACUAGUCAGUCUUGGAUUUAGUUUGCUGUUAAAUGUAUUUUCAGUUGAAAAGAUAAUGGCGAUAUUGACCUGGUGAGGGUCGAUGCUAAUACAAUGUUGAUUAUGUCAAAAUGCCAUUAACUGGUCUGAUUAAUCGGCUAACUGAUUAAUUGAUCUGUCUCUAUUUCUUACGUUAUUCUUUACUUGUAUACAGCUAUGUACUCUCACACUUUGCAUCAAAGAUUCUACUUGUCAAAUGGCAUCUUUGAUACACGUGGACUAUGGUCUGAUGGCAUAAACUGUACACGGUUAGCCAGAAAGAUUUCACUGAGCAACAUAAAUGUUAAUUUUGAAGACCUUGUUUGAAAAGGUCUUCUGCUAUUUAGAAUUAUUAGUUUGAUGUGUUACAAACACAGCCAAGACGAAAAAAAAAGACAUUAAGAGUCACAGUCAAUAUGAGCAAUCCACUCCUGUUAAUUUAUAGAGUACCCUGUAUUUUCUGUGAGAUAGAUCACUGCAGAUCUUCCUCAUAUAGUGCUGGCUGGGCUGGCCUAAAGUUUGGUCCAGAAUAUCAAUCUGAGUCCUCUCUCACUGAAUUAAAUGAGGACAGGUUCAGAGGUGUACAAAAAUCAGUUUUUUCACAGUUGUCAUUUUUAAUUUCUCUGUUGUGUUACUUGACUCAUUUAGAGUCAAUGGUAAAGUAGCUAACAGUUUUCUCCCUGCCUCUGCUUUGAUUCUGUUUUCUUAUUUUUUCCAUUUUGUGUUUUUUUUUCUUGCUUUCUGUUUUUUUGAUGACUUGUUGGCCACGUUGCUGCCUUUGGUAUUGAGUAUCAAUAAAUAGAUGUUGUCUGGUAGGUGCUACCCCUGGCAUUGUUGAUUCAUUAUAGCAGUGGGUAUCUCCAUAGCAACAGCUGCUCUGGUGACAAGGGGUUGCCUCUGUUUGGACAACCAUCUCUCUUUUCCUCGUCUCCUUCCCUCCGUUUCUCCUUCUCCUCGUCUCUACUCUCCCUUUUUUAUGCUUGUCCUAAUUAAGGUGAAGCUAACUGAAGCUUCAUUGAAUUACACUGAAGAUUUAAAGUUUAAUCCUCUAUUGUACUGUGCCUAUAAAAGGAUUUGAUCACCCUUGAUGUAAUUGCAAAGGCGAGUCAUCAUUUCGAAUUUAUUCAUCUCAAUUUGUGCAAAGUUUUGGUUUAAUACAGACUCUUGGUUUAAGCGAUUGGCUUAAAGUUCAAUUCUGCUCUACAUGUCUUCAGUUUCAAUGCACUCAAACCUUUGGACCAGGGUUCGGAUGGAGUACUUCUGCCUCCCAUGAAUCCUGCAGCGAUUGUCAUUAGAUGAAAUAUAUUAUAUUUAGAGAGUUGUAUAUCAUAAAUGUUAAAUUAAAAGAAAGCUUAGGCUGAGAUUCUAUGUGCAGCUACUGAAAUGUCUGAUCCUGAAGCCUGCAUCUGGUUUCAGAUCGGUCCCUGUUCUGCUACCUCAACAUCAUGAAAAAUCUCUGUCGCCUGCCUGGGUGUGUACGUGAGUGUGUAUUGCAGCCUUAGUUAUGACGCUGCAGUCCCUCUAAGUCGGCACCAGUGCAGACACUAGCUGAUCUGAAUACUGAUUUCUAAGCUUGAUGGGGACUGCUAGCCCACCCGCCAUAUAGUGCUGGUAUCCAUUCAAGCUGAGCGGCAUAGUGUUGUUGUGCGUUGUGUAAUACAGUGUAGUAGGGUGCAUUUGAGGUGAGCACGGCAGCUAUGCAGAGAGUAAAAGAGAGUGGGGAGGGAGAGCGGGAGUGAGACGACAGAGAGGUGCAGAGAUUUGGGCAGAGAGAAAGAGAGUGUGAGAGCAUCCCUAACUGUCGAUGCUGCUAUUUUUAGCCUAGCCCUACUCCACCGUCCUGAGAUGCUCUCCCACCUCCCACAUAUAGACGAGACAAAUCAGCCUACACAUACCCACGUUUUGACAAAAUACUUUGACAUGCAGGAAAAUAAAAAGCACUGGAAGGUACACUGGCUUUUGCACUAGAGUCUUCCUGCCUACCAAAACAGGUAAGAUCUGUGAAUGAAUAAAAGGGACGAUUGUUUGGCAUUCAAGGUCAGUUUUUGCUUCAUCAAGAGCUUUGCAAUAACUCAUCCUGUUUAUCAGAGAGAGUGUUAGAUAGAAAGAGGAACUGGGUGUAAGAUUGAGUUGGGGUAGAGAAGAGGAAGCAUUUGUCCUCUCACAAUAAUAAGUUGUUUGUCUUGUCAGAUUGUAUGAAAUGGUUUUAGAGGGGAGAGUGGGUGCAGCAGAGGAGCAGGAAAAUAAAUCCAUGCCUUUUUUUUUUUCUCCUUUCACUUCCUUCCAGGCUGAGUCACUGCUGGUGAGGAGGAAGGUCUGGAGAGGGAACGAGAGAGGAGGUGGAGGAGGUGGUGGAGGAGGAGGGGGAGAAGACGAAGAAAAGGGAGGGAGUGCAGGGAGAUAAGCCACAACAGGAAGCAGAGCGACACACGCGCUUACGCUUACACUUACACAUCUUGUGUUUGUGUGUCUGAGAGGGAGACUGCGCGAACAAGAGGGUGAACGGGAAAGGAAGGAAGGGAGGGAGAGUGACGCGGAGGCUGGGAGAGCCGCCCCCCCCCUCCACCCCCCACUCCUCUCCUCUCCUCCUCGCCUCCCUCCUCCCUCUCUCUCUCUGUGGAGCAGGCGUGUAGCGGCAUCAGACUCGGCGUGAAGGAACCAUGAGCGAUGUCACCAUCGUUAGAGAGGGUUGGCUCCAGAAAAGGGGUAAGUACAUCCAGUACCUCUCUUCUUCUAGUCCCCUCCUCUAUACCUCUAUUUUUCCUUCUCUUCUUCUCUGCCUCUUGUCUAGACUGAGGGCCUGGCUGUGCCUGUCCACAUGUGCCGGUGGGAGGAUGAGAGUGCUUGCAAUCGAGUGUGUAUGUGUGUGUGUGUCUGAUCACAUGGAUGUGUAUCAUAAUGUAGCAUGCACCUGUAUAUAUAUGUGUGUUUUACCCCACAGGGACAUGUCUCUUUAUUAUGAGGCUGCUGUUUUGCUGCUCAGGUUGCGCCUUUAAAAUAAUGCAUGCAAGGGUAUGUGCAUGUAUUAAAUGCACGUGUGCGUGUGUCUGUGUGUGUGUGUGCAGUUAACAGCAUCUACCAGACCUCAUGUUACACUGUUGGUGCAAAUUGUUCUGUUUACUAUUCUGUGAAAUCAAGUUAGUUUUGUCUCUCUAGUUGGGGUGUAGAUUUGUAGAGAAUGCUGAAUGAUGCCACUGAACCUCAUAUGACAUGGAGUUGAGGGGUUGAUCUGGGUGGAGUCUUGGAGGGGGGUGCUUACAACACAUCCUGCUAGCAACUAACUGAAUGAAAAGUAGAAAUGGAAAUGUACUAGUUGAGAAGCAUAGUGCAAAGUGAGUGGUCCCCUGUUUUCAGACACUCAAAGAUCAGGUUUAGUUUGUGGAUGCUGCAACAGGUAAAAAUCAACUGUAGUGGGGCCGGUCUUUUUAUUUAUUUUGAUUUAACCUUUAUUUAGUCUCUUUUAUAUGGAGUCUAAGAGUGAUCUAUAGUAGCUCUAUGAUAUCUGCAGCAUCAACCAAAAGGCACUGAGGAACUUUUUUCCUCCAACAAACUGAAACUUGCAUCUUAGCCCAGGAUUUCAUGUCACUUGUGUGUGCUGAUGCUGGUUCCUUCAGGGACAAGUGUCCUAGGGAACAUGUGUGAUUUAGGGGGAGAGCCCCAAGGACAGAACAGGGGGGAUUUCCAGACAUUUAGACCAAUAAGCAUCAUCCUUCUGGGUAUGUGAUGGUCGUCUAGGAAUGUGUAACACAAACUGUUGAACAGGAAAUGACAUGGACACAUAAUGGACAGCAGGCUUCUGGGUAAUGUAGGCUAGCACUCUGGCAUAGCAGGGGGAACAUGUUGGACCACAGAGAGCUCCUCACUCCACAGUGAAGAUGCUUUCUCUUCCUGUGUCACACACAGCACACACUCUGUAGAGCCGAAGUAGAGGGGAGGAUUUUUGUCUGUUUGUGCCAGCAUGCCUGUGUGAUCCUCAGACAGUCGUCUGUGCAUAUUAAGAGGAACACAUCGCCCCCAGUCACGACGCAGCGCUAGCUGUGUUCGUCAGUGUGUGAGAGAGAUGGCAGGGAAGCAGGGGGUGUUUGUUUGUGUCAGGAAUAUGAAUGUUUGUCUGCAUCAUAUGCUAAAUUAUUGUCUGUAUUGGUGUGUGUGUGUGUAUGUGUGUGUGGAGAGAGGAGCAGGGUCGGGGUGCUGACUCACUGUUCAGGUCGUGAUACAGCAAAGACUGCAGUCUUAGUCAUUAGACAGCUUUUUACUGAAAUGAAAUAGAGAGAGACCAAGAAGGGUGGUGAAACCUCUUCCAACACAGACACAAGUGCAUACACAAACACACACUUUUGUAUUUAUACUAUUACAUACAGUUGUAUUUUGUCUGUUACUUUUGAAGUUUUCUAUAACUUAGACAACUGCUAACUUCUUGUGUAUCAUUUUGUGAGUAGACAUUUUUAGCUUGGAUUGAUCAAACUCUUAAAACAUAGAUACUGAUCACUUCUUGUUGUUGUAAAUGGUGAUUCAAGGUUCCUUAUAAUUUCAACAAGUCAUUUAAUUCAGUUUAUCUCCUCUCUGCUGUUCUUGUGCACAAUAACUGUUGUGUUUCUGUCCACCAUUGUUCAGUUAUGUUGUUAUGUCAACAUUACCAGGAAUUUUAGGCGACACACUUGCCCAUGACUGCUCUUCUGAUGUGAUAAUCUGGCUGUUGAGGACUUACUGUUUGAACCUGUACAUUAUACUGCCCACACAUAGUUGAAGUUGUGUGUGUAAGGCUCAUGUUUUAAUGCAGAGAUGCUGUGAUGAUGCUGUUGCUCGUACAGUGCCCGCCAUAUGUUCUUCAGCUCAGGAAUUCUGUGUUAUAUAUGCGUAGGUUGGCAAACAAUAGUUUAUUAUGACAGCAUGUUUACAGUUUGCAACAAAAAGUGAGUGUGUGAGAGAAAUGGCAGCUAAUACUGAAAGAACAACUGAAUAUUACUGAUUGACUGAGUUGAUUGGAUUCACAGAGCCUCUGUUCAAUUCAGCUUCUUUUUUAUUUAGUUUUCAAUUCAACUGUAUAUUGAUUCGUUUGGGAAUAUUUCAGUCAAAAUACUAAUUUUGUUUCAAUAUAAAAGACAUCCACAGAGAAUUGAUGCUGUUAAUUGUACUGGGAACCUUCUGGAAGAGUGCGCUAUUACAAGUAUUUGGGUUUAUAGUCAUACUGAUACCAUGUGGAUUCACUGAUCAACAUUAACAUUGAUCACUGGCAGUGGUGUAUAAGUGUGUUUUCCUCAAAAACAUGUCGAUCAGCAUCGGUCUCCAGAAGACCAAAGAUUUUGCACAGGAUUCAAAGAAUCAAAGAUGAGAUCAAAUCCUCCCUCACCUUCGCCAUUAUAGGAGAUGUACUGUGAUAGUUCUUAAGUUAAAAGGUGUUUUUCUUUCCUGGGUCAAUAAAUUGAUCCAAAUUUGAUCACAGAGUACUCAACAUUUUUAAAGAUCAUUAAGAGAUGGACAAAAAAAAUGUGACAGAUCAUACAAAUGGAAACAAGCUUUAAAGAGUAGUAAAAUAAAUCCAUAAAAAACACGUAUGUAACAAAAGCAAGCAUCAGCAAACACUUCUUUUACACGUGAACCACACAGCACUCAUCAUCUUGGCUCACAGACACAAACCUCAGUAACAUCACCCCUGCAAAGUACAGUACACAAUGUCCUCAGAUGACCGUGCCUUUCAGUACUCACUCUCUCACUGCCAUGGCAAUGAUUUCCUUCCUGCUUUCAUUAAAUCAGAGUGGGGAGGGCAUUCAGUUGCAUUUUUUUAUUUAUCUUAUCUAUAAUCAACAGCAGAUAAAUAGCAGAAUCUGUCUGAUACAAAGCAACAGACCUGCAAGUGAACCACAUUAACCAUGGCUUGAAAAGAUGUUUUUCUCUACUUACAUUCGAGAAUGACUGGUUAAAUAGCACCAUUAAGACAGGUUGUUUACAGAUCUGUACCAACUAUUAACAACAUAUUGUUUUCUUUUUCUUUGACAACAUAUGUUACAAGGUUGUUUUAGCACGCCUUAAACAUCCUAAUCUGUAGUGAAAUCCACAAAACGCCAGCCCAGGCUGGGAGUUUACCGUCUGUCAACACAUGUGAGGCCACAGAGGUCACAGUCAGCCACUGUAAUAGAGGAUACUGUUACCUCCACCAGCAUCAGCCCACACAGCAGUCAGCACAACAGAUGGCCAGGAGGGACGAGAGGGGAAGACACACUGAAGGAGAAAGGCAGGGACAGCAUCGUCAUCUUUCCUUUGACAUUUUCCCUGUAGUGUCUCUCUGUAAAUCAGAAAAGACACGACUUUGUCAAAGUAGAAACCCUUUAGAAAUCUUAAAAGAUCAAUGAUUUGGUUUGUCUCCCAGGAGGGUUUCUACUACAAUCAAAUAUACAAGAAAAGGUUAAAAAGACGAGCUUACUCCUCCUUUUGACUCUUGUGUUUCAGAUCACUUUUGAUUUGUCACAAAACAUGUUACAUGCAAGCUUUUGAGGAGUUAAGAGAAAUACGAAAAGUUGCAAACUCAAAUGUAGUAGAGUCACUUCAUCAGUCAAGGCUUUGAAACAAGAUUAAUUGGAUUCUAUUUUUGCAAUGAGACCGUAGGUACAAGGUUUUCUCCUGCUCCUGCACAGAAAUGACAUUUAUCAUAACAUUUAUCAGUCUCAGUGUGAUUAUCACAGCUCAAAAUCAUGAUUGCCAUGUUGCCUUUGGAAACCAUUUUGAGAAAUUGGCAAAUAUAUAUAUUUUUUUACUUUUGAUUGACAUUAGUGACAAUAGCUUAUUAACAUACUCGACAAAGGUCAAAACCAGCAAACUUUGCUGGAAAAAACAUGUUCAGGGAAAUUUUAUUGAUUUUUUUUAAAUGAGCUGAAAUAGCUAAAGGGACACUCAGCUCUCCUUAUCCUUUAGUUUAGUCAGCAUUGGCAAAGCAAAAUAAGCUGAAAGAAUACAGUUUAAAAUUUUCAAACUUGAUAACGUGACAAGCAAACGUAAGGUUUUUAGUGGCUACAUAAAGCGCUGUGUUGCAUAUUCCUUAAUAAGCUUUUAAAAGACUGCUUGGUAUGCCUUUGAACCGUUGAAUUGACCAGGAAUAGAGAUAAAUUCCUCAGUUUUUCUCACCAAAUUUUAUCCAAGUCAUUUCAUAGUAUUUAAGGGGCUGUGUACACUAACCCUUUUUUUAUUAGUAAUGCCAGUCCCCACAACUUUGUUUUCGGACUGCUUCUCUUUGGCCCUUACUGUUGCUCAUGGUUGAGAAAGAUGUGCCUUGGCAUUUUCGCUUCCUUUAGUGGUUGUGACCAUUAAGCCCAUUUUAAAAUGCUCUGUAUGUGUCAUAUUUGUUUUCAUCCAUAGAAAUGAUAAGUAACCACAACUGAAAUUGAAAUUAGACCUGGAUAGUAUCUUCUCUGUAAGGACCUCCACUGUUGUUGACAAAAUUGGUCCUGGCUUGCAUUGAUUCUGAUUGGUCAGUAACCGAGAAGUGGCAUAAUGGUGGUGUCCCAAAAGCACAACAGUUUUCAGCUGAGAGAGUAGCAACUGAAAUCAGCCGAUGCUCAGGUGGGUCUGCACUAAAUCAAGAAUUAAUCUAACACCACCAUUCAGAACCUCCAACCAACAUAAUCUUACUUAUGUGGCAAUUACUUCAAUUUAAUGUAACUCUGUUAAUACUUUUUAAAAGUUCUGUUAGUACUUUCCCCUCUGUGUGAGUUCACAAACUAUUCCUUGUUUGGCUCCAUGACUUCACCUUGUCCAGUCUGUGAAAUAGAAGCAAUAUGGAGGAAAACUCAAGCACCAAACCAACUGAGCAAAUUCAGCAACUUGUACCUCAGAAAAAAUGUCAUGUGUGUUGUUUUAACACAUUUUUAGUGACAAGACUGAACACAAAGAAGUCAAAUUAAAAGAGUAUUGAAAAAAAGUUUAGUGUCACUUAAAUUGAAGUUACCGAGUAUGAAGAGUACAUGGCUCAAAAGAAAAGACAGACUAGCGUGCAGCAACAAGUGUCUCAACACAGCAGCUGUCAAUAACACACAUCUACAAGCACUACACAAUGACAAGGGUUCAUCUAUGAUCCUAUAUGCCGAUUUUUUUAUUAGAAAAAGACACUAUCCCAGCUUUGAUAGUCGAGCAGUACCAACAUUGUCGACAAACUAUGGGGGGAAAAACAAAAGAAUCAUGUACCGAUCAAAUUGAGGUAAAGCAUUCAGUUAAUGGAGAUAUUUACUGAAGGUGUUAUCACCUAGCACUACGUAGAGGGCAUUUUUGCACUGAAAAGUUGAACAUAUUAAAAUCUAGUGCCAAGACGCAUCCUAUACAUCGAUUCGAAUGUGCUGUGUCUGUGUGCCUUUCUAUGGCUUUUUAUCUCAAAAACUGUUCAUCUAUAGCUCCUGAUAUCUCCACAUCAUCUAAGAAGAGAAAUCAUAUAUCACAAUGGUCAGAAAUAGUGUCUUGUGCUGUUUUUGAAAUGUAAUGCUCUUACUUGAUGUAUCUUGGCAUGAUUUUUUGAUAGACAUCGGUCUGAAAAAUGGAGUGGCACACUCUGUCCUGUUUUCUCCGUUCUGUCAUUCCCCUCGUCUGAAUGCCUUUGGGAACAGUACCUGCCGUGCUGUAUAGGUUAGACUGCUGUGGGGUUCAUUGGGUGCAGUGCAGUGAGGCAGCCAUCUUGGCUCAGUAGGUUCAGUGAGUUCAGUGUUGCUGGAGGCUGGCUGGCUGGCUGGAUCAGGUGGCAGUGCCAGAUCUCUGAUAUCAAUCACCAGCCACCGCUGCUGCUGCUGCUGCUGCUGCUGCUGACUGUUGUGUCGCCCUUCCGCUCUUCUCUCCUCCUCCUCCUCUUCUUCCUCCUCCUCUUCAAUCCUGCCUCUGCUGUAAAAGCGUGUCAACACAACUCACCCCUUUUAUUGCACUUCACUCUCCCUUUUCCACUCCUCUGUCCAUCCAUGUAUCCUUCUAUCUCGCUGCUCUCCUCUUUUAAUCCCCACCUUUUCUCGAACUCGCAUCCAUAUACAGGACCAUAGCAGACAGGCAGACAGUGCAGGCUUUGUUAUGAAUGGCGUCCUCUUGCACAUCCGGAGGAAGUGUACGCUCCAGUGUGGCUUUACAAACUGUCUCCAUUGUCCUCAGAAUGACUCACUCUACACUGCAGAGAGUGGCAGUCAGCCAGACAGACAGAUCGACAGCAGGACACAAACAGACAGACUAGUCUGCAGAGCCCACAGACAAACAGCACAGGAAAGACAGGCAGAGAGAGAGAGAGAGAGAAAGUUUGUGACAGAGGGAGACAACUUUCCUAUAUAGAAACGACCUGCAAACAGUGGGCCUAAAUAUCAAAUGAAUGACAAGGGUGAAACAUACACACUAGCAGCAGAAUGUUUGCACCCUUUUCUUGAUGACUUUUUCUGAAGUUAUGAAUGAAGAAUGAAGUUAUUUACUGGUGAAGUGAGAUAUUAGUCCAUUUAAGCUGAAAUAGGAGCUUCAUCAGGCAAAACGGUAGAAAAAAAAAUGUUCUCUUGUCUGAUGCCAAAGAAGAAAAUCUUCUUGGACAACAAAUAUGGUCUAUUAGAAUCAAAACCUAAAAGUAAAGUGCUACACAAUAUUAAGGAGCAGUUAAUUCAGGCAGAGGGUAGACUAUGGACAGGCAUCGAAACAUAUUGUGAUGACAUGUUGCUAUGGAGAUUUGGGAAUAGAAAUUUCAUUAAGAAUAAAACACAUUUGUGUUCGUUGUUCAUGCUGUUAGUAAAGUAAUGUAUGUAGCUUUAAACUUCAGCUUUCUCUUGAAAUUCGAUUCCUAACUUGAAAUUUUAGUUAACUUGAAUAAAACAUGAUGCAUUCAUCAACCUCCUACAUCAAAAGGGUGGCUCUACUGUGCGUACUUCUUGUUUGUCAAAAGAAGAGCUCAGUGUGUUCUUGCAACCCAUUAUUCAGCUUCUUGUUAUCCAGAUCUCUUGCUGUGUAUCUGCUCCGUGUAAAAAAAAAAAAAAAGCUACACACUUUGGGCCACCAUCAUCAUCUUUACAUUGUGUUUGUUGGCUCAGAUUUCCAGCUCAGUAACUGUCUCCUUUAAACAGCCAAGUACAGAAACAUGCUAUGAAGUUUAGUCUAUGAUCUCAAUAGCUUGCAUCUGUGGACUCUGCAAAGUCAGUGAGUCAGUCAAUAAGAUCAGUGGUAAGAGGAAGCAUUCUUGUAAAGGCCAUUCAAAAAGAGAGAUGGAUUAAUGGAUGGGUGAGUGCAUGAACUAAUACAGAGUGAGGAAGGCUGGGAGAAAUGAAUAAGUGGAUCAAUGGAGUUCUGAUAGCUGCAGAGGGAAAACUUGGGGAGAGGAAGUGAAGAGGCAAUGGAGGAGAGGUUGCUAGGAUAUUGUAUGAAUCGUGGGUUUUUUGUGCGCCUCAUUUUCUCACAUUAGCUUCUUUUUCUCCUCCAUUUUAAUGAACUAUCAUGAUGUUACUCACGAGUCCAUGAUCAAAUUAGGGGGGUUUCUGCAGUGGUUAUGAAUCUGGAGUAGUUUUUUAAGUUUAUGCCUAAAUCUACACACAAAUUUACUAUUGAUUUUAACAAUUGUCAAUAAAAUAAAAUGAUUAAAAAAGGUGCUACUUUGGCCCUGCUGCUCUUCCACUUUGUACUGUUUUUACUCCCAGCUUUUACUUAUCUUACCUAGUGUUCCACCCAUUACGCUAUCUAAUGGGCUACACAUCAUACCAGUAGUGGCCAGCACUUAAGUCUGGGUGCCAUUUAAAUGCAUGAAGACAAGAGCAGCUCGGAGCAGGAAUAGACACCCUGGUUGAGUUAGCUAAGGUCUGAAGGCAAAGUAGCAGGUAUCUCUGACGAUAAAAAGAUUUACAAAGAACCACACUAUUCUUUCAAAAACAACACAACUCUGACAAGCCUGCCCAGUUUCCUAGUUACACCACAGAAGAUGCCUAAAUUAUGACAUUUGUUUAAUGUCAGUGUGUUAUGUACUGAAUAAAUGUUAGAAAACGGAGAAAGACUGAUUUAUCUGUCUGCCAAUUAAUGGCACUGUGCGACAAUAGCCAUCAUAUCAGCAUUGGCCCUCACAAGGCUGAUAUCACAAAGGUCUGUUAGAAACACUUGGCCUACAAGGACAGCAAAUCAUAUCAAAAGCAGUCACUGACCAGUGUUUUAUUAAAAUUUUGAUAUGAUGUAAAGAUGAAAUUACCAGCUAUGCUGGAAACUGACUGUGUAACCCAAGGUAGUAGACUUUUUACCAAUUCAUGAAAAAAUUAUCUUCUACCUAGCACUGGCUAAGAUAAGCAUGUACAGGGCAUUUUAAUGUGCUUGGGAUAACGGAGUUAGACAUCACUUUUUUUUAUCAACUGCAUAUUUUUUUAUUCCUUUAUUAUCGUAAGAUAGAAAUCCAAAAUUCUCUUUUGGCAACAUUUAACGGGCCAAAUAUUUUUCCCUCUUAUUUAUUUUAAUAAAAUAUUCACUGAGGCUUAGCACUUUUUUCUUAUAAAAAACAAAAUUAAAAAAAUUGUAAAAAUUAGAUAAUGUCAUUAUACAUCUUCCAUCUUGACAAUCUCCUCCCACUCUCUCAUUGGUAUGGACAUCAGACAUCGAAAAAACUUGUAAUUUGUUGAUCACUAUCACAACUAUGCUGACCAAAGCAAUUCGAGUUCAAGCAAAAAGUUAAAUCUGUGUUGAACUGUGUUAACCGGCAGAUUAGGUCAGGGGGUAGAGUGAAGUCAAACAUGUUGAGGUACUGUAUCAUGGGCAGGUUGAGUAAGGCUUUGGCCUGAUUAGAGGAGGCAGGCUAGAGUGGGGGUUGGUUUGGCUGAUUUAGGCCUACAGAUUAGUGCCUUGUGGUUAUUAGCAAGUGUAAGUGUUGGCUGCCGGGAGAAGGACCCUAGUUUGAUCGGAUAACAUCACAUAUUUCGCAAUCAGCAUAAAAUAUUGAAUUACAGGAGUUGAAAUUUUUGAAGUUGUAUAAAGCUUGUUCCAAACUGCUUUUGCUUUAGUAUUUUUCACUUUAUUGUUAUGAUAAAAUACGAAGUCAUUUGAUUUUUAAGUAAUAAAACAUUACGUUUUAUGGUAUCUUUUUAGAAAUGCAUUUCAGAAGAUGACAGGCAUCAGAUGCCAGCACAUUAACAGAAGUGAACAUUCCAGAAAUAGUUCCUGAUAAAGAUCUGAUAAAUACAGACCUUUUCUUACAAGUUCAUUGAUUUCACUGACAUUUUAGCUCGGAGUUAUGAUUGUGAUGCCGACUUUAUGGUUCUUGAUACACAGUUAAUUUAGCAUGUUGAUGCCAAAUGUGCUGGAGUGGAUGGAAAGAGUGAGCUUGGCCACAGCGUUGUGUUGAUCUUUCUGUUUUUGGUGCAGGGAGAAUAGUUUUGAACAAGAGCAAUCACACUUGCACUGAUUGAGGAUUGUGAGCAACAUGUGAUUGUCAAGGGCAACUGGACAAUCGUUGUGAAAAUGUUGCUCCGAAAGUUAAAUCUUUGAUGUGUCCUUCUCCUCACUUUGUUGCUGCACAAACCUCUGUGUUGCCUAAGUUGUAAAACAUGACUGACAUCAAUCCCAGAGAGCAUCCUCUGUAACAGAAGGUUUUGUGACGACCAUGAAGGCAGCAGCUGUGUGAGGCUGCUGCAGACUGAUAGGACAGGCUGACUAGUAUAAUGUGAGCCAAUGCCAGUAACUCUGUGCUUGCUUUUCUAAAUUGUCCAGCAAAGGUAAACAAAAAUUUAGCAAUCCAUUCACCAGUGUUAGGAAGUCUAGCUGUAUGGGGAACAAAGGCAGCUCAAGCCUCUAUUGUCCAUACACUCACUGGUCACUUUAUUAGGUACACCUGUUGACACAUAUGGCUAAUCAGCAAAUCACAUGGCAGAAACUCAAUGCAUGAAAAGUGGUCACAACAACAUGUUGAAGUUAAGAGCGAGCAUCAGGACGGGGGAAAAAGGGGAUUGAGGUGACUUUGGCAUGGUUGAGGGUGCCAGACAGACUGGUCUGAGUGUUUCAGAAACUGCUGACGUGGUGAUGCACAACCAUCUCUUGGGUUUACAGAGAACGGGCCAAAAAAAGGGAAAAUAUCCAGUGUGCAGCAGUUGUGUGGAUGUUAAUGUUAAAGGUCAGAGGAGAAUAGGCAGACUGGUUGGAGAUGAUAGAAGGGCAACAGUAAGUCAAAUGACAUGAUAGGCAGUUUUAUAUUUUUGAAACGUAAAGGAGUAAUGUAUGUUAAAAUCAGUAUAUGGCAAUGCUCUUUUUUUAUUACAUUAAGCAUCAACAUCCCCAUGUGUAUUGAGAAAACCUCUUAAUGUGUACAGAGCAGGCGUCACGUUGCUUUCACUGCUGUUUCCUGAUGUUUUCUGAAGCAGCCCCUGACGACAGUGACCCCACUUAGCGCUGUAAAGAGCAAUUAUUCUUCCUGUCUUCAAUUAUGUUGUUAAUAUCCAUCGAACACUGAAGUGUCAGUUCAGCUGUUAGCCCCCACCCCUCGUCACUCACACUCAGGGCUGAGGGGUGGGGUCAAUACAGGCAGGCAGGCAUCUGCUCAUGCUCAUACUGAUCUGAGCAAGAGCGCUGAUUUGUGCUGUCGGUUGGAUGAAAGCUGUGAAGUUAUCAUAUUUACUUACAUAUGGUGCUGGGUUAGGAUUUCACUGUGGCAAAACUUGAUGUUAAAAUGCUACAAGUAACUUCAGUAAUAAGUAAUGAGGAUUUGCAUUUUUUUUUCAAAUCAAUCUGAUACCAAUACCUGAUCCAAUACCACUGUUGAAUGAACUGUAUGACUUGCCCUGUGAGUGAAGGCAUCAGGCUUGAAAUUAGCCUUGUUAAAAAAAGGUAACAAAUUAACACAAUUUACUUAGUUAUUUAUUAAAAAAUAACAAAUUGCAAAUUAGCACACAGCGAAAAGAAGUGAGACUUCCUUGUAUUGAAAGAAAAAUUAAUAAAAAAAAAAAAAAAGGAAAAAAUAAAGAAGACGCUGGAUCAGGGUCAUUCAUUCGAUAUCCGAUCUAGUUAAUUUUCCAAUAUCGGAGCUGAUAUCCGAUCCAAAUAUCGGAUCGGUGCAUCCCUAGUUGCUACAGGUGUCACCUAGAAGUAAAAAAAAAAGGAAACACUUAAGUUUCUUUGAAUUUUUCCCAGCAACCCUCUUAAAACAUCUGGUAAUUUUGGUGACAGUGAAAAGCAAAUGUGUGCUGCUGCUGCUGCCGCCUAACGCAGGUUCUUCUUUUCUCCGUUAAUGCUUCACUGAAUAGUUGAUCUGGGUGCUGAUGUCAUGUGGCCAGGUUAAAGGGACAGCCAGUCUAUUUAUAUCCCCCCACCUGUAAUCUGUCUCUCCUCAAUAGGAUUAACCAAGCCACUAUAGCGUCAGCUUGCUGUGCUAUACAGACACACUAAAAAUAUAAGCUGUGGACAAAUAUGGGCAUUCAAAAGGUCUACAGUGUGUACAGUAGAUGUACUAGGAAAGGAAGGAUAAAUAUACAUGUGUUGAACAAACCAAAAACCGAGACACUUUGUAGAACUAUGAAUCUGUUACAAGUGAUUUGGCUUUCUUUUUUCUUUUAUGCACAUUUCAUAGAGUUUCAGUGUAAAGAUGCAGAGAGAAGAGACCAAACAGUGACAGACUUACUUCAUCCACCCUCAGCCUCCUCCAUCUCUUGUUGCCAAUCUCCAGUCAUUAAUUAGCUGUUCAUGACAAAAUUCCCCAUUCCCAAUCUGACAUGAGUGUAGAGCAGCGGACUGCAGUGGUAAUCAUGUCAGCGAAGCUUGGCUCAAUGUUCUGAGGGGGCUAAAUGUCCCCCAUAUGGUCCACUGGCUGGGGCCUGUACCUCACCAAGUUCUCAUUAAACUAGUGCUUAAUAGCAGCUAGGUAAAGAGGGAGACAUACACACAUACACACACACAUACACAGCUGCAAGAAACAAAUCAAGACAUCUGACAGGGGAUUGGGCACAAAAGGGACAGAGAAGGUGGUGUUUGUUAGUUUGUGUGCAAGUGGUGUGUAUGUGUGUGCGUGUGUUUUGAGAGUCUGAUGCUGUACAAUUGUUGACUUGCCAUCUGUCAUCAAGAAAAGACUUCUAUCUGUGCAUGUUUGUGUGUAGACAGAGGAGAGAUGAGAGGAAAAAGAAAGAAAGAAACAGUGAGUGAGGUGCAGAUGUCUUGCAGCAUAGAUGCUGGAACAUGAGGUUUAAUGGCAGACUGUUGUAUGAAAAGAGUUGGAGAGGGAGACCAGCAAAGAAAAGAGGACGUACAUCUGCCAUGUUCUGAUAUUGCUCUGGGGUUUGAGUGCUUCCGUGCAAUAUCUUGGGUUUGAAUGGACCUGGGAAACAGCCUGCUCAUUAAACAUCUUGCAGGUCAAGAUGAACAAGUUCAGACAGAAUCAAAAAUGUUCACAUAUACAGUAGAUCAGUGUAUUUUACAACUUUAUACAGAAUUUGAGAUUUAUUAUCCUUUAAAAUAGAAAUGAUAAAGCGUGAAGAAAAUAUUGAUACCUCUUUAUGUACUGAUGCAUUUCUUGCUGUAUUGCAUAUAUUCUCAAAUUCAAUUUACCAAUUUAUUACACUUGAGUUAAAAAUAUUUUUUCACUAAUCUUGCAAACUUUACAACCUCAACUCCUAAACAAUGAAAAAUGUUUUUAUGCUUUUGUGAAGCAUUUUAAAUUUGAUUAAAUUUUCAUAGAGAAACAAGUUGAUGUCUUUGCACUAUUUUCAAUUAUAUUUAGGGUUUCAAUGACUUGAAACCCUUUAAAAUCUGCUUAAAAUCUUUGAAAUGUGCCAUCUACUUCAUUCUUUGUGAAAAUACAUGUAAAUCUGUCAGCAAAGACUCUUAUAAAAAUCCUUGAAACUAGUAUUUUAUACUGAAGUGUAAGGGGCUUUGUGCUUGCUUUGUUGAAAAGCAGAACAUCACAUAGUGUUCUUCAUUCAUGCUGUGUCAACAAGCAACCAUUCUCCCUUAGCAAGUCAAGCCACAAGGUACAGUAUUGCUCUGUACUUAAGCCUGAAGUCUUGUGUAGGGGGUCGGUGAAAUUUCACCUGUUGGUUGUACAGAAAAAGUCAAAAGAAUAGUCAAGAAUAAUGAGAAAAAUUCUGCAUAACGAAUACAGCAAAAUGAAUUUUCACAAACCGUUUGACUUUCUUCUGUUUACCAUUUGUUUUGUGCUGAUUACGACAUGACAACACAUGCUGUCAUCUUUUGUUUACUUUGGUGCCUGAUGCUGGCCAGCUGAGGUGGACAUGUCAAAAACAGCCUGUAGGAAAGACUGACGCAACAACAUGACAAACACCAGCCCUGAGGAGAGGAGACAGAAGUGUUUUCCAACAUGCACUGACAUUUAGGGCUGUCUGUCAUUUCAGAGUGUGACAGACAGGCACACAGCAGUCAACUAUUGCAAUCAGGAGAUGAUUUCUUUGGUUUAAACUAUGCAGAAGUUCAUGAAGUUAAAGUGGCCUCUCUCAACCAAAAACGAUAUUGUCAACAAAAGUUCAAAAUUGCAUUGCCUGCGUUAAUAGACUAUUUGCUUGAGACACAGCGAGGUUGUAUUUGAGGUUUGUAUUGAGGUUGCAGUUGGUGUUGCUAAGGGUGGCCCAAUCACUUUUUCACACAGGGCCAUGUAGGUUUAGAUGUUUUUUCUCCCUUAAUAAUACAAACCAUCAUUUAAAAACUGCAUUUUGUGUUCACUUGUGUUGUCUUUGACUAAUAUUUAAAUUUGUUUGAUGAUCUGAAACAUUUACUGUAAGUGUGACAAACAUGCAAAAAAAAACCAAAAACAAAUCAGGAAAGGGGCAAAAAACUUUUUCACACCACUGUUUUAGGGCUGGGACGAUACACUUUUCUCCCAAUUCGAUUCUUCAAUGAUUUUUUUAGAUGCCGAUUCGAUUUGAAUGUGUUUCUACGAUAUUGUCUAUUUUCACAAUUUUUAGUCUACCAGUGAAAUAGUUGAAUGAUUAUGAUUGUUUACUGACUAUUCCAGAAACCAUAUGUCCCCAAAAUAUACACAUCAAAUGUAAGUCUGUUUUUAAGAUUCAUUUUUAAAUUUGAAAGAAAAUCAAUUUUUGGACAAAAAAUCGAUUUAGAAAUUGUAAAACAAAAAAUUGCGAUACUUGUGUGAAUAGCUUUUUUCUCCCACCCCUACACUGUAUAUACUUUCCUUUCUGUCAUAAAUGUGUUACUCAUCCAAGUACAUAUUUCAGUCACACUUCCAGCAGACCACAUGCUGACUUCAGUCCAAGAUAGACAGUGGUGUAAAUCUGCAUUUUAUUAAUUGGCCUUGCGUUCAACCUUUCUUUAAGUUUGUUUUAGUUAAGAUAGUACAAAAUAAAAAAAAUGAAUUAACUGCUCCAGGCAUGCCUUAUGUGAAUGCAGACAGACAGGCAGAUGGCCAUACACACUUACCCAGGUGGAGAGACAGGUAUAGACAUAGACACACAGGACAGGAUGGAGCAGGGAGCAGCAGUUAGUGAGGUUGAGAGCACUUACUGCUGGCCCUUCAGUGCAACACAUGAAUGAAACCUUGAGAAUGAGGCAAGGCUGGGCUGGUGUGUGUGUGUGUGUGUGUGUGUGUGUGUGUGUGUGUGUGUGUGUGUGUGUGUGUGUGUGUGUGUGUGUGUGUGUGUGUGUGUGUGUGUGUGUGUGUGUGUGUGUGUGUGUGUGUGUGUGUGUGUGUGUGAAUAUGGGGGUUCUAGGGGCAGGGGUGCACUUGACAGUAGUUGGGGUAUAGUGCUUGAUUGUUUACUCUUGCCUGCUGGGCUGGGCUAUUGUGCUUGAGAGUGUGUGCUUAUGUGUGUGUUAGUAAGAGUACUGUGAGUAAGCAUGUGCAUGUGUUUAAAUAUACAGUCAGCCAGGAGAGACAUACAGCACAAUUCUCUCGGAAAGAGGUGGGGGGUUGGUGGGAGUUUAACAAAGGAUCAGGAGGUGCGGUGGGGGUCUUAUGUCGUCCACACCCACCCUCUCACAUAUACACUCAAAGACGCGCACACAAAAACAGAUGCACACAUAACACCAGCUGCUGCCCAGAGCCACAGCCCAACAUAUCUGAAUCAAUGAUACAGAGCCAGCCACUCUGGAAUAAUAGUGACUUACACACACACAUGCAUUCACAUUCACGCACAAAGCUUUGCACCUGUUCACUACUGCUCGACCGGCUAGUUAAGGUCCCCCUCACACACACACACACACACACCACACACACACACACGCACACACGCACACAUGCACACUCUCCUUGAUGCCUGCCUGUUGUAGGAGACAGACAGCUGUGUCUGUCUACUGGCCCUUUCCUUCUAGUUCUGAUCAACAGCAAUUCUUAUUGACUGAUAGUUGACCCUUUUAGUGGAGGAAAAUCACGGUGACGUAGAAUAAAAAAAACCCAAUUUUUUUUAAUAAUAAUAAUAAUGAUAAUGAUAAUGAUAAUGAUAAUGCAUCAGAUUUUUAUAGCGCUUUUUGUCAGUGACCUCAAAGCGCUUUACAUUGGAUACAUCAUUCAUUCGCUCACACACUCACACCUUGGUGGCCCUGGGGCAGACUGACGGAAACCAGGCACUCAUGUGUUUGAAAAAAAUAAUAAUAUAAUGGCAUUGGUUGGCCUUUCUCUUGUUGCCAUGUACUAAAAGACUAAACAUUAACAGAGCUCAAAGCAACAAAAAAAAUCUAUUUCAGAACAGAGUUUUAAAAAACAACUGACUCAAUACAUGUCAUUCCAACAUAGGAAGACAGACUAAGCAUUAGAGAUGGGUGUACAAGAAAAAGGAAUAAUAAUAAUAAUAAUAAUAAUAACUACUUUAUUUAUCUGGCACUUUUCAAAACAGAGUUACAAAGUGCUUCACAGCAGAAAAACUGAGAAAUCGAGGUAGAACAUACAGCAGCAGACAUCAAUACAAUAAUGGUGUAGGUCUGUAUGUUCAAAUGUAUCCUGUGAGGAAGAGUAAUUGAGACAGGAGGAAAGAACGAGAAAGGAUGUAAGUGCAGAUGUGAUUAAUGGCUCUAUGGUGUAUCAUGUUAAUAGAAGGAGACAAUCAGAUAUGACUGAGCUGUCUGUGUUUCAUGCUCUGUCUCUGGCAUAAGCCGCCCUGAGUUUCAGCAUGCACCCUGAUAUAUAAAGCAUGAUCAAUGCCUCCACCUCCUCCCAUUAGGGUUUAUUAAUGCAGCAUGAUUAUGAGACAUAAUGUGGAUCUGUGUUAAUGUCUUUUUUCACUGUGAUCAGACUCCAGGCUGUGGUUCAGUUAUUGUAGGUCAUAGAUAAACCACAGAAUCACAACCCCAGAAAAUCAGGCUUUGGGUAAACAAACAAAAGUUUGAUUUAAGUACAUUAAUUAUCAGUCAUUGUUUUAUAAUGUCAAUGAAAGAGCAUGGGGUUCAAAGUGGGAAAGUAGAGUCUAAUCACAAGUGAUCGCUAGGGACUCUGAAGACUGUUGCAGUGGAUGAACAGCCUCUCUGAGUGUCUGUCGAUAAACUUGCACGGGCUCUUUUCGCUCUCUCCAUCUUCUCCCCUCUCUUCUCCUGGAUCAAAAACACACUUGCGUAAGUUUCCCGAGAGAGAAACAUUAGGAAAUAGGGAGAGAAGCAAAACUUUGAAGUGGAUUACAUGUAGACAGCUUAAAACUUUAUACUCAGUUCAGUUCAUCAAUAAUUGUGAUACAGAAAUUGAUCAGGAGGGGUGUGUGUGUGUAUGAUGGUUUACCAUGACUUGGACCAGUAAGAAUGCAGAUGCUUAUGUUCCGCCUGCAUAAAAAACUAAAUGCUUGAUAUUUUUUUGUCCUGGAAUUUGAUUCAAAGCAAAGAUGAUAAAGAUUAUAUGUGAAGGAUUUCAACAACCAGGUAUGAAAAGAUAUACAACAUUUGUAUAUGAAAUCUAUUAUGCAAACACAGUGACAUCCAAAGACGAAAACAGAGAAAGGCAGUAUACCAGCAACCUAAGCAUUGUUAUUUGCCUGCUGAUUGGCUGAAUAUGCCUUUUCUAAUCACAUUGAUUGCACUGCACUCUCACCAGAAGCAGCAUGGCACUCCUAAUGUUGUUGGGUUUUAGAAUGCAAAGCCUUUUUUGACCAGUUUGGCCCAGUUUGUAUUUUACUUUUUUGACAUGUUAAGUUUCCAAACUUCUCAGUUUUUGUGUUAUUUAUGCAAUGUGGUGACUGAAUUACAUGUGUUUGUGGUUGGAUGGAUUUACGUGGAUGUAGAGGAUACAAACAAUCUUUAACAUGGAGUAAACUUGCACUGCUGGUGGCUCAGUGGUGGGCUUGGUUAUUUCUCAAUGUGAAUAGUACUGGUGGCACUGGGCACUAUAGCAACCUCUGCCAUCACUAUACGUAUUCCAGUGUUUGAAUAGGUGAAUAUGAAAAUGUGUUAACGUGUUGUGUCUAUGCGCUUUGAGUCCUCUUAGGACUAGAAAAAGGGUGUAGGUGCAAUCCAUUUAGAUUAGCCAAGUCACCCCUCACUUAGUGGUUCAUUGACUCUGCCAAUUUGAGAAUAAGAAUAAGAAGAACUUAAUUUAUCCCCUGAGGGAAAUUCAAUUGUCUGUAGUCUCAUUUGUCUUGUCUUCAAAAGUCAUCUACUAUUUACAGAAGAAUAAUAGUCUGAUGGCUGGGGGUACAAAAGAUUUUCUGAAUCUUUCUGUCCUGAUAGAGAGGAGCCGUCCACCACCAUUGGCCUUUUAUUUCAUCAAGGUGUUAUGAAGUGGUUGGUCCAUGGUCUUUAGAGUAGUCUCCACCUUCUUCAGCAUAGAUCUCUCCACCACAUCCUCCACUGAGUCCAACUUGAAUCCAACCACAGAGCCAGCUUUUUUCAUCAGUUUGUUCAGACGUCUUGCAUCUUUGUGUUUGAUACUUCCUUCCCAGCAGACUGCAGCGUAGAACAGAACACUGUAGACACCACAGACUGAUAAAACAUCUGCAGCAUCUUAAUACCGAUGUUUGUUGAUUGUAGACUUCUCAGGAAAAAAAAGUCUACUUUUUUUUGUCUGCCCCUUUCUGUAGAUGAAGUCCACAUUCUUAGACCAGUCCAACUCAUUAUCUAGGUGUAAACCUAGAUAUUUAUACGAUGUCACCACUUAGAUGUCCACGCCUCAGGUGUUAAUUGGUUUGGAUCUGUGGAAGUCUAUGAUCUUUUCUUUUGUCUUUGAGGUGUUGAGGUGGAGGCAGUUUUUGUGACUCCAGUCACUGAAGGCUCUUAUCAGAUCUCUGUAUUGAAGCGUCUUGUCCAUUUCUGAUACAUGCCACGAUAGCAGUGCCAUCUGAGUAUUUCUGAAUGUGGCAGGACUCAGUGCUGUGAAGUCUUAUGUAUACAGUGUGAACAGGAAUGGCACCAGCACUGUCCCUUGUGGAGCCCCUGUACUGCUCAUUAAUGUCCCAGAAACACGGUUCCCCAGCCUGACAAACUGUGGCCUUCCUGUCAGGUAAUCUGUGAUCCAAGAAACACAGGAAGGAUCCACUCCCAUCUCUGUGAGCCUGUCUUUGAGUAUGGUAAACCCUGGGUUCCUCCAGAUGAGACAGGGUACAGUGAAGCAUGUAGAGGACAGUAUCAUCCACUUCAAUGUGUUUUUGUAUGCGAACUGCAGGGAAUUGAGUCUGUCUUUGACCUCAGGCCUCAGUAAAAUCAGCUGCUCCAGGGUUUUCAUGAUAUAUGAAGUGAGGGCCACUGAUCUGUAGUUAUUACAGACAUUUGACCUUUAAGUUGAUACAUUUACAAAAGUCAAGUUAAUUAUAUUUUUACUAGACAAAAAUAACAAUCCAAACAUGUUUUACAUACAGCCCACACAAAAAGACUAAUAGAAUGAUUACCUGAGACAGUAAGCUGGAAGCCGCUAUAGUUAAGUGACCUUCACCACCACCCACUUCAUGUAGACGUCUGUGUCUACAUAUGUAAGAAGUGUAUGUGUGUGGGGGUGGGGGAGGUGGCUGGGUAACUACAGCCUCCUGUCUGGCACAGGUGGUGUUGAGCAGUAGCUCUCUAGCUAAGAUGCUAACACUGCACUAAUCCCAGUGCGCUUUAGGAAGCAACAGACCCCGAUUCCCCCUCAGCUGUAAAUAUGAACAAACACUGAUGUGAAAACAUGCAAACACGUACACUACACGAUUUAAACAGACUGAAUGUGCCCGAAAUGCAAGGCACCAUCCAAAAGUACACACAACUCUCAACAGCUGACACAUACUGACUUGCCCCCCCUCACCCUUCCCUAUACAUACUGUAUUUAUGCACACACACACACACACACACACCAGUGCUGUGAGGGGGGAUUAGGAUGAGUGGCGUCGUGGCUGCUGUGUGUCUGACAGACAGUCACUCUCAAGCUUGGUGUCAGCAUCAUAGUCAUGCCAUCAAGCUCCAGGGAGCCACCACCAUCUACUGGACUAAAGUGGUACUGCAGGACAGGGUUGCACUUAGAGAGAGAGAGCAAUAAAAAAGAUUUCAAGAGUGUAAAGGAAGUACAGUAGGUGUGUUGCUCGGAUUGAGUCAUGCAGUUUGCUAACAGUUCUUUGGAUUUCACAGUUAAUAUGUUUGUAUGUAAGUAUGGACAGUAUGCACAUGUGCUUUUUUCUGCACCAGCUGAAACAGAGGGGCAUCUGGCAGCAUGUAUGUGUGUGUGUUUUCGUGCAUAUGUGUGUGCGUGUGUGUGUGUAAGCACACCCACUAUAGUCCACCAGGAGGCUGUGGCUGUGUGCAGCUGGCUGGAUGAAUCUCUCAGUGGCCCCAGAGGGAUGGCCAUACUCCCAUGGGUUUCCACUCAAUCUGGCUUUCUUGUGGCUACCCUGCCCUGUCCCAGCUCUCUGUUACUGUCAAGGCCAUGCUCACAUGUACACUGAGGCCUCUCACUCUCACUCCUGCUUACAGUGACAGUGCUCUUCUUCCCCUCGAAUUUCUCUACAGCAUUUUUUUUCUUGGCUGCUGCAGCCUUGAUGUAGUUUCCCUCUGCAGCCAUAGGCUUAAACAAUUACUCUAGAACAAGACCCCGGUUAUGCUCUAUCUUUAAACUGUAUUAACUCUUUAUCCUUUUUAUCCAUUUGUUCAAGUCUUCUAACGCUAUUUCUUAAGCGGCAAAAGGCUUACUAAACUUUGACCGAUAGCACAACCAGGAAGUGGGCUUUGUCGUCAGUGGUGGUAUAUUUUAAGUAGUUGUGUGCACAACACCCACACAUGUACACACACAAAGAGUAACACCAGUCCAGUCCCGAUGUGGUAAUGAGACUAAUUCAUGUAAUUGGAUUGGCUUGGGAGAGCCGGGAUUCGUCUUAAGAUGUCUGAGUAGACUGGAGUUAGAACUGCUGGGGUCGGGGUCACGCACACAACCGUAUCCUUAGAAACACACAUGCAUCACAUUAUAGAUAGCACUCCUUUGAAAAAGUACAUCUUUAUUCAUCAUCAUUCACAUUUUCUCUACACAUUGUUUGAAAUUGUAAAGAGUGACUGUAAAUGCUGCUCUGCAAACACAUCUUCUUGCCAGCCUGUGCUGCCAUGGACAGACUCUGAGACAGAUGUCUUCCUCAAGCGUCUUACCGCACCACUCCCCACUUUCUUAACCCCACUGCCCUCUCAGUCACACGCACUCACCCCCACCAUUCCUUCACUUCCUUUGAUUACUUACCUGAUGUUUAGUUAAUCCCCCUGUCCCCUCCUUCUCCUCCUCCUCCUCAACAUGCAUCACUUUUUUUUUUUUUACUCAAGUAUCAGCUGCUUAAUCUCACUCACUCAAAGCUAAGAAAAUCCUCUCCCUGACUGUUGUGUCUGGCUGUUCGCUGACCUUCGUUUAUAAGGAGAUCAGCCGAUGCAGCCAGUCGAUUAUUCCAGCUCAAACUCAUGAUUGCCUGCAUCCUGCUUUUGUUGUAAGAGUCUUUACUCAUGCUGCUGUGCAUUUAUUUAUAGUUUAACAGAUUUCUAGGGCAGAUCUGCAAAAUUUACUUUUAACUUUUACAGCUGAAAUAAUUUUGUCCACUAUGAGCUUUCAACUAUAGUUUGUUUUGUGUUGAAUAAUAUGCUAAUAAUUGUGUUCAUAAAAUUUCAGACAUGUAAAGACAGUUCUCAAAGCCAAAGGUGACAUUACCUUGCAUGUGUUUGCAGUACAAGCAGUACAUGAUUUACUUUUGGUAAAAGCAGAGAAAAGCAGCAUAUUGUUGGACAAAGAGACUGCAACCAGGUAAUGUUUGGCAUUCUUAUAUUUGAUAACUAUAAAACAAUUAAUCCAUGAUCAAAAUUUUUGCUCAUUAUUACAUAAUCAAAGCUUUUCAGUGCCAAUACAUCAUUUACUUUAGUUACAAACUCAAACAUCAACCUGCAUAAUGAGAGAGAGAAGAAGAAGCAGCUCAAGGUACAAAGUCAGUUUGCUUGUUUCUAUUUGGGUUGGGCAGCUAAUCAGCAGGGCAAGCAGUCAAACAGCUUUUAGUGUCAGUAUUAGUGAUCUAAACUCGAGGCGUGUGUGUAGAUGUUAUAUGUGUGUGUGUGUGUGUGUGUGGAGCGUGUGUGUGUGUUCUUACGUGGGCAGACGACACAUUCAUCUCCGUGCCUGUGAGCUGCUGUGUAUGUAUGUGCUGGAACGUGGCAGAUUCUCCCCACCACCCUCUUCAUUCGCUUUUUCCCCCAUACCUCUGAGCUCCCCCCCCCACCCCACCGCCCACCUCCCCUCCAGCUCCCAGAGUGCCAGUCACACAGCCCCGUCACUGCGCCAUCUGCAUAUCAGCUUCAGCCUCGGCCAAAGCAUUAAAUUAAAUCCCUGUUUGGGUUGAUUAACAAAUGGCUGGUGAGCUCACAUAGUUAUGGAGUUAUUUUUUAAAUUGUCAUUAAGGUUUUUUCCUGCGUUUCGUUCGUCUCGCUCUGUGCUGAAAUGUGGCAUCCGGCAAAGCAGAGGAGCAGAGGUGUGCUGGCAUCCUCAAGAAGCGGGGCUGAGAGAUAGGAGGAGGAGAGAGCGAGAAGUUUGUGCAAGUUUCUGUCUCGUUUCUCUUCUGAAUACUUUCAGCCUUCCUAUUCCUACAUGUUUCGAAUUUAUCCGUCCUUUAUUUCAUUCUCUCAUUUUCUCCCUUUUUUUCCCCCUCUGUCCUGAAAUGAAUGGUUAAUCAGUCUGCUAAUUGAGUGGCAGUUAGUUAGUGCGUUGUUGUAAUUGUCCAAUCAGAAAGCUUGGACCGGACACAGUCACAGCUGAUUCAUCUCUGUCUCUAACUGCAUAAUCCACAAGCUGCAACUGGAAGAUGUGCCAAUAAGAUUUAUUUCUUCUAGAAAAUCCCAAAAUAACUCUGAAAAUAACCUCUAGUUUACUUUUUAGUCUGCUGUUGGUCGCUCUCACCCAAAAAGCACAGAGUAAGGUCUGGAGGGUUAGAUGCUCCCUGCUUACAUCAGCCUCAUUCUCAAACUAAGAAAAAGUCCGGUGGGUGUUCUCAAAUUAAUUUACAGUUUUUUAAGUAAUGAAAAACGUCAAACUAGAAGAAGCACUUUACAAUAGCUGGAUUAAUCUUUGUUCUGUCAGUGUUUUGAAGAAAUUUAGCCUAGAAGUUGGUUAUCUUUUUUCCCUCUCAAAGUCCUCUUUACACUCAUCUUUCAAGUCAUCCGCAUUGUCCCAUUCUACUGAUAUCCUGUUGUUCUGAUGAGAAACAACAGACUCCUGUUGUCUUAAGCACUGUGUAAUGUAGUAUUUACUAAUUGGCCUUAAGGGAAAAGUAAAGUUGUGCAGAAAACUAAAUGAAACUGAGUGAGGAGUCCGAGAGAGAUGGUGUGGGAAGGAGACCGGCUGUUCUGUUUUCUCCAGCAGUCCAAACUAGAGACAUGUGGCUCCCCAGACAAGCUGUCCAGAGUGGGAGAGCUCGCUGGACUCAUUACAGGCAGGGCCAAGACGGGAUAGCUUGACAGAACACCAUUGGAUCAUUCGGAGGAUUGGAACAGUCCAAACUGAAUUGUGCUGGUGUGUGUGUGUGCGUGCGCGUGUGUCCGUGCCCAUGCCUGUGUUUGUUUGGAACGGCAUGUGUGGACAACUGUCCAUCUCCUCUCUCCGUCUGUGCCACCCCUGGCUGCCCCCACCCCCGCCCCCCAGUGGACGUGUAUAUACACACACACACACACACAAACACACAAACACACACACGCACACAAACGGUCAUGAACAGACACGUUCACACAUAUACACACUGUCUCGCCUGGCCAGAAGGAUUGCUUAAAUGUUUUCAGUUGUACUGGACAGCUGAGCGAUGAAGUGGCCAGUCACAGGCUUCCAUUGGUUGGACACUUCAUCUAGAAACUGACUCAGAGAAAUGACUGGACUUGGACCAGCAAUCCAGUCAUCACUGCCAGUUUAUAAUAGUUUUAUCAGUUAAACUUUCUGUUUUUACUCAUCCAAUUUGUCAGUCAAUACAUCUCCUUCUCUCAUCCACUGGGAAGGUAACUCGACGAUGAUGAUGAUCAGUUUUUUAUUGUUGUUUUGGUAUAGUUACCUACAGGUACUAAAAUUGAUUACAGUAACAGCUGCAUAGCACUUAAAAAAACAAGUUCACCAACAUCACAAACUAAAGCUUGAAAGUUUUUUAAAAAGUUGAGCCAUGAUAUUUGUAGAUCAGUAACAUCUACUCUUCAAAUCUCAACACAAAUCUACUCUCAGUUCGAAAUGAUAAAGGGAUAAAGAGACUUUACCGUCUGUCUUCAAACAUAUUUUGCUUUGCCUUUUCCUCUGUCCAUCCUCCCAUCCCUCCAAUUCAGCCCCUUUCACAGCCUCCUGUUUACGUGUAGCAAGUCUUGUGAAGAAGAUGCUUUGUUUCUGAAAGAACAGAAGAAGGGAACGGGAGCGGAGGGGAGAGUGGGCGGAUUUGUUAUAAGAGGGAAAAUAGAGACUGAUAGAGGAAAGGUGUGAUCUGGCAAUCCUUAUGACGCACCGGCACCCAACAGCUUUUUCAUAUCUGUCUAUCUGUGUCUCCCUCUGUCCCUGUGUGGUGGUUUGAAUCAGCUGCUACCGCCCCCCUCCUCCGAACCCACAACACACCAUAGACACACACACCUCCACUACCAGCACCACCCAGAGGUACCGGCAGGCCCCGCAGUCGCACGGUCCCUUCGGCGGAGCAGGUGUUUUUCUGCGACGUGUUAACGAGCACGGCCUGCUGUCAUUUCCGCUUUAGAUGGAUGUCACAAAUAGAACACACACACACAUAACACACACACUGCCUAUCCUCCUCUCCCAGCAAAUUAGCCCAAGAAAGGUGAUCAGAGCUGUUAUCGAGCUUUGUGAGUUCAUGUUGAAGUGGAUUGUGUGUGCACAUUUACAUUUUUGUUUAAUAGUCUUUACAAGGUGUGCACGUGUGUGCACGUCGAGGAGCGGCUGGUUAAUUAAAAGAGGUUGAGAUGUAGAGCACAUUUGUGCCCUUCUGGGGUUCUUGUUUCAGUCAAAUGAGAAAGUAAAAUGUUUACACACAGACUUUGGAAAGUUUCUCUCCUAAGUGCUGUGUGUCUCAGUGUUGCUUUUUGUACUCUUUGUACCCUCCAUACCAUGUGUGAGUCUGCAUGCAUGUGUCCUUUAAUCCAUCAGUGUGUCUGUGAUGUUUCCAGUAAGUGUUAUCCGCCUCUGUGGUGUGGAAAUGUUUGACACUCAUGUAAUCCUGCAGCGGGUCAUCUGAUAAAGCUGCGGUGCCACCUUAGUGCCAGUCUGUGCCAGCCAGUUGGGUAAUACUCUGCCACCAGCUGCUCAGCAGAUGUUGUUAUUUGUUGCCGUGGUGUAAGACGUGUCAUGCUCCAUGUGUAAUCUUAUCUUAUCUCGUGUCAUCUCCUCUCAUCUCAUCAUAUCUCAUCCCUUCUCUUCCUUUUUUUUCCUUGCAACCAGUGGUUUGUGUGCCUGUCUACGUGUGCUUGUGUGUGUUUGGUGGAGGGGUCAUCACCUCGACACCUGUCCAUGUAUCAGCCAGAUGAUGUUUCUGGCAGGGACAGUUUGGUUGUUGUGCUGGUAAACAUGUUUUUCUCAAUUUUUACAUGAUAAUCCGAUCUGAAUCUGGCAAAGACUGUGGGAGUCACUGAGCUGCUGGAUGUGUGUACAUGUGUGUCUGUGUAAACACUCCAUUGUGUACUACAUGUGUGUGAUACACUCUGGACAAAUGAGCAGACAGGCUCUUAUCUAUCGAGGGAAUAAAAUCUGUAUUUAAUGUCAUCAUCAUUACUGAUAAUAAUACUUUCUAUCAUCAUAAUCACAAUUACACUGAGUGCACUACCGCCCUCAGCGUCACCAUUACUGGUGUGCUGAUUAUUUUUAUUCAGUCGUAUCUCUAUCCAUUGUCUGUUUAAACAUGUUUAACUUAAUUUUGCCUCUUUGUCUUUUUGUUCACUUUUUUUUCAGGUGAAUACAUAAAGAACUGGCGACCGCGUUACUUCCUGUUGAAGACAGACGGCUCUUUCAUCGGCUACAAAGAGAAACCUCAGGACGCAGACCUGCCCUACCCCCUAAAUAACUUCUCUGUAGCAAGUAUGUUACCUACUUUACUCGUAUGCAAAUCCUAUUGCACCUGUAUCUCUUUCUUGUGCACACACAGAACAAAAUUAGUGGCAAAAAUACAUUCGACUUGUCCCAUUUAUAGCUUUUAAAUUCUUUUAGAUUCUCCAUGUUACUUGUUCAGAGAAUCAUUAUGUUUUGGAUUAACUGUUGUUGUCUAAGUCAAGGACUGUAUGGUUUAUCCUUCAUUUUGCUGUCCAUGCAGGGCUGUAAAAGUAAAUAAAUAAAUGACAAAUAACAUCUAAGAUUCAGCGUGUGACAAAAUAUCAAUACAGCGAUGUUGUCCUGGCUACAGUUUUUGUUUAACCAGCUCUAAAUAUUAAUAUGUGAAUCUGUUGAUAAUAUGGCACUUCAAACAGGCUUCCUCUCCAAUUUGACUCAUCUUGUUGUCACUUUUUCACGAGUCCUGUGGUAUAGUAGCGGCAGGAAACUGGUCUAAUGUGAUGUUGUCAUCACAGACAAUGUUUUAGGUAAAACAUCACAUCAUGUAUUUUAUUAUGAGUUCAUCCUGCAAUCUACAUCCCUGGUAAAGAUAUACAUACGGUAAAUUGAUCGGCAUUUUUUUACUGUCAAUGCAAAAGACUUUUUUUUUGUAAGGUCUUAUUAUGGUGCUUAUGUGCUGAGGUGUUUUUUACUGAUCCCACACUACCUUCCAUAUGAGAAGAGUUUGGAGUUGUCUUUUUUUCCCCCAUCUAAGAAAACAGGGCGCCGCCCUUGUGGCGAUCCGUCAGUUCCUCCCGCUCCUGUCCCCCCUGUAUGUGUUUGUCUCUUUUCUGUUUUCUUGAAAGGGUCUUUCUUGCUCUGUACUCGUGACAUGUGCGAUGACAAUAAUCAAAUCUGAGUCUGAAUCUGACCUCUGUUGAGUAAAGCAGCUGCUGAAAUGUUCAUGCAGCGUCAUCACAGGGAGCCAUAGUCGAUGUACAACAGUUUUUUUGCUUUGUGUUAUGAUGUGUCAAAGCAUCAUGUCAGUUAUCAGUCCUCACACUAGGACUCUAAUUAACCAUUUAUCAGAAUAUCAUUUGUCAGCACCUGGUUAACAAGCUCCAUAGUGUCAUUGACAAGUGUAAUUAACCAGCUAAUGAGUUAACAGGAUUAAUUUCAAUGUGCCUUGGUCUCAUUACCACCACCAUCACCUCUCAUUGUUCAUUCAUAAAUGCAGACUGGCAGCUAAACUCUACCUCUGCUUUCAAGUCGUUUAAGCUUUUAAAUCUAAAUGAUGCGCACCCUUUAACAAGUGUCACAUAACUUUUUACGUCCACACAAUCUGCUUUACAUUAAGGCUGACCAAACCUUAAGUUUUAAAGUCACAGAGUCUGUUUUUUUCCAGCUUUACACUUCAGGCAGAGUCAACACAGUACUAUUGAAUUCUCUGAUAUCUGAAGCAAUUCUUAAAGGAACAUUUAUAUGUUAAAAAGUUCAGUUCUCUCAGGGAACCUAGCCUAGCAGUCUUAGCAUGCCCCACAUUCGCAGGCAGAUUUAGUACAACCCUGUGGCCCCAUUCCUGCAUGUUACUCCCUGCUUUCUUCUCUGCUCUCUGCUCUGUCUUCUCACUUGGCCUCUGCUCACAAAGGCCAGAAAAACACCAAAAUAAAUCUUUUUAAAAGUCAUUUUUUUUCACCAGACCCCCUUGCUGUACUUAGCACACUAAUGAAGACAUAAUAAUCAGUUAUUAGAUUUAGAAAUUCAUAACUCAUAUUUUUUUUAAAUACUGGUACAUCUAAAAUGUAGUAUUGCUGUUGUCAUGCUCACUGUAGAACCUUAAGGCUUAAUUUCAAGAUCAUUUGAAUGAUAUAAUAGCAAUAAUAUUUGAAAGUGCAUUAAUGUAGAUACGUUACCAACUUCCUGAAUCCACAAAUAAGCGCCGAAAGCCAAACAAAGCUGAACUAAAGGGUAUAUACAGUAAUCAAUAACUUUAAAGUUUAACUAUUCAUAUUAUCAGUAUGAUCAGGAGGGCAAGGGUGAAAACAGUUUUCCGUACAGUAAUAAUUUUUUAGUAAAUAAAACUACAUACCUGUAUUAAUAAUGAAACUUAAUCAUAAAUGUAUUAUAUUUUAUGUAUGAUAUAAAUUAUAAAAUGCCAUAUAUGUACAACAGCAGCCUUUAUAAAUUGAGAUUCCUAUAAGUUAAAAAAAAAUCAAAAUCAGUAUCCACACAGGUGCAAGGUUAGUUGAAUAAACCAAGAGAAUAUCCAGCAUAUAUUCAGCAUAUACAGCAGUAGAGCGCUUUAAUAAACAGUUGGAUGUUGAUGAGUUGUGUAUGUGUACGCUGUUACAUGCCGAUCAGUGUCAUCUACUGAAUGUGAUCUAAUAGGUGCUAAGCUGGUGUUCAUAUCUUGGCACAAGGCCUAAUGCAGAUGGUUAAAACUGUAAUACUGUGCAUGCUCUUACAUGUGGAUGGACCAUGUAUUGUUUGUGUAAUUAACAUGUAACUAAAAGACUCAAGAGAAAUAAGAGGUAUAGGUGAGCAUACAUAGAAUCUUUUCGCAGUUUUAAAUCAAAUGGCUUUGAGUAAAAUCUGCAAAAAGAGGCUGUGAGGGUCGGUGAAGGAGGGGGUGAUAAAAAAGAAAUAAUUGUAGAAUCCAGAGAAAACAUUCAAGUAUGGGAAGGAGGAGAAAGAAAUACAGGGUUGCAGAAGGAGGACAAGAAUGGGAGGAUGAGCAAUGAGAGUCAAACAGAGGGGCAGAGGAAAAAACUAAAAAUGAAGAGAGGCGACAGAGAUGGAAGGAUGAUUACGGCAGAGAGAAACAGAUGAGAGAUGGGGAGAGGGAUUGAGAGUGAGGCUUUCAUGGAAGGGAGGGGUAGAAAUGAUGGAGGAUGAGGGAGGAGAGGAGGAUCAUCAUCAGCGAACAGAUAGGGAGGAGGAGAUGAAGACUGGAUUGGAGAAUGAGGAAAAAAGAGGGGAGAGGAAAAGAGUUUGUGAAGAGGACAAGCCAGGCCAUACAUCCGGCCCCGGCUGCUUGGCACAGCACUGGCACUGCCACAUCUGUUGCCCAAAGCUGGGAGUCCAGGUGGCGUGUGUGUCUACGUGUGUGUGUGUUUGUGUGUAUACUCCUAUGUGUGUUUGUUUAUGUGUGCGUGUGUGCGAUUGUGUCUGUGUUUAUGUGUGUGUGAACAACAAAAGUGGUCAGAUGGAACAGAGAUGGUACAGGCCUGUUCCCUGCAGAGGGACUCAUACAUACAAGCCUGUCGCUCACAAACACACACACACAGACGCACACACACUGAUGCAUGAACUCACACACACCCUCUCAAUGGCCACACAGACUUCACAAUUGCCUGCUGUGGCAAACAAGCCAAUUUGAGCUAACAUUUAAACUUCAAUAUCACUUGUGUGUGUGUGUGGAUGUGUUUGAGUGUGUCCGUGGGUGGGUGCAAGUUGGGAUUUUUUGGCAUCAACAAUAGCAUGACCUUGUGUCUGGCAGCACAGCAGGCCAUGUUCGCCAGUCAGGUAGUAACUUCCUAGUGUGUGUGUGUGUUAGAGUGUGCGUUUGAAUAUACAUUAAAAGUCUGCUGUGCGUACGACCUGAGCUGUGUUGUCAUUAACCUUCCUGUCUAUAUUUAGGCCGAGCCGUGACGUGCUGUGCUGUGCCACACUUAAAAAGAAAGCGAUUGGAAGAUGGGAUAGGCUGAGGACGACAGGAGGGAAUGGGGAGAGGAGGAGAGCAGAGGACAGGCGAGGGUGAGGAGAGAGAGGCAGAAGACAACAGGAAGAAAACAGAAGAGAGGGUGAUGUAUGUAGAACAAAGGAGAAAAAGGCGAGGUGAGGGGUCAGAAGAUGGAUCAUUAUGUUGUUGUUCAGCAGCACUUGUCCCCAAUAAGCAGAGACACUGCUGAGGGACAAUGAGGAUGCAUUCCUUCCCACAGUGAUCUUACAGCCCCAUCUGGCUAUGUGUGCGUACGUUUCUGCGUUUGUGUACUGUAUUAUGCAUUUGUGUAAUAAUGGCCUACCGCACCACCCAAUUCCACAGAAAUGUGUCUCUUCAGAUUUUCACCAGAUGCGUAUGUGUUGCAACACAUAAUUUCCUUUGGCACAGGAAAGCACCUUUUUAUUUUGAAGCACCAGUUCUUGAAGUUAUUGAUUUCACUUUAGUUUUUCUUUUUUUUUUCUGCAAAAAAUCUUUGUCAUCUGAGGAAGUUGCUAUUAUAGACACUGUUCAUUUCUGUAAAUCUCAGAGAGCUUGACAGUGAAAAACUGCAAUGAUCACUCAGUAUAUUGCCAUCUAUUACCCUCCCUGCUGUUCCACUAAUCUUUUAUCAAGGGAACCAGAGUCUUAAAUUAGAUUUCUCUUAAUUUUAGGCUUUUCUUCUUUCUUUACUCAACUUUGAUAGUGAUCUAUAGAUCUUUGGCAUGUUGAAAAAACAAGACCGUAGACUUUCUUGGGCUUUAAGAAACAUUGAGCAUGACAACAGUUGUCAUUUUCAGACCUAAAAUAAGCACAUGAAAUAUUAGGACCUUGAAGAACAAACCGUACUCCGAGUACAUUUAAGACCUUUUAGCACUCCAGAUUUAUGUUUCCUUUCUUACUUGUCGAUCUAUGUAAGAAAGCAGAAACACUGAUUCGACUUUAUUUGAAAAAGAAAAAAUGGAAUUGAUCCUUUGGCUGCAAUUUCCAGAAUGUCAGCUGAUGAAGACGGAGAGGCCGAAGCCAAACACCUUCAUCAUACGUUGCCUCCAGUGGACCACCGUCAUUGAAAGAACCUUCCAUGUGGACUCGCCUGAUGAAAGGUCAGUGCUCCAAAGACUCUAAGUAUUUCCACAGUUGACAAUGGUUAGUGAACAGUGAGGAUGUCCAGUGAAGAGUCCCUCUCUGUCUGUCUACUGUAAGGUAUAAAGGUGUAGAUAAUAAGAAGUGGAUGACUAAAAUUAAAAGGCUACUAUUGUUGCUCAACUAAAAUGGGAAAUGUUUAUAUAGUGCUUUCUCUCGACUUUUUACCACUCAAAGUACUUUCAAAGUACAUUCAUACACUGCUGGCAGAGGCUGCUAUAAAACCCAUCAGUUUUGGACUAAUUCCAUUCACACUAUACUGGGCGCAGUCAACAGGAAGUGUGGGGUCAAGUGUCUUGCCCAAGGACCAUUCAGCAUUUGUGGACAGCCCUGUAGUCAAACCCCCAAACCUUCAGAUUGGGAGGCGACUAACUUCUCAACUGAGCGAAAGCACCCCCUUGAAUAAGACUUUUAUUUUUUCUAAGAAAUAGCAUUUUUUACAAUACAAUGUUGAGCGUAAGAAGCUUUAGUUUUUUUGACCGCAGGCUGGCGGUUGGUUUUUGUGUUUGAUGUCUUGGUUUAUGGCGCAAAGAAUAAAUGGAUUGAUCUAUCCAAAUGAAUUUUUUUUUGCGAACUGAAGUUUUACUGUUUAAAUGUAGUAGAACAAGUAAAUGGACACUCAGUGGACAAACAGAAACAUCUAGCUGAGGCCACGAGUGCAUAAAAGGUGUGUCACCAACAAUCUUCUCACAAAAGUGAAAAAAAAAAACUUUUCAUGGGCAGACAGUGUCCUAGAACUUUUUACGUGUAGAAUUUCUCGAACAUCAGCAGUCGGAUCAACAUUUCACAUUCUUAAAGCCAGAAAAAGCAUAUAAAUGCUUUUUCAAUCUUGGAGGGGGCACUCUAUUGCUGAUGUUGUUAGAAUUAAUAUCUUGUAUUGUUGUGAGACAAAUACUGAAAGAUUAUGCUAAAGCGUAAAAUUUGCAAGCCUUAAAACACCCUGAAAGUAGGCUUUGAAUAUGCAGUACACAAAAAGAGAGACUAUGCAGACAUAUAUAGAAAUCAUUUAGGUGAAAGGUUUAUCAAGGGCACAUGCAUGUGUGAAGAGGUUUGUACUGUAAAUAGUCAGUGUUUUUUUUUCUUUUUUUGUGUAUGUGUGUGUGUCUGGUGUGUAUGUUUGAGGGAAAGAGAGAGGGCGAGAGAGACAGAGUGGAAAGGAGACCUUUCAAGUAGCGUUGGCAUAAAUUCUCCAGCUGCUCAGUUCCUUUCUGAGGAGCUGAGGUGUUUAUCUCCAGAAAAUGAACAGCUUUGCCCAGAAGACCACAGAUGCUUCUGUGCAUCCUUUGAGUUUGUGUUUUUAAUGUGUGUGAGUGCUGCAGCUGUCCGUCCAACUUUGUCUUUGUUAUAUAUUGCUUUAUAAUAGUUUUGCCUCCAGAUGACAAAACAUUACAGCGUUAUUAUUCGGCUAAUAACUUUUGUACGGAUUAUUUAAUGUGUUUUAUACGACAUAUAGAUCUACAGUUGGAGCUCCUUACAUUCCAGAUGUGUUAGCGCCGGCUGUGUGUGUGAAUCGCUGAAGUUUAAAUUUGCUUCAAAAGAAGUAUGUGUGGCCACAACUGGGUGUCUGUGUGUGGUUGUGUGUUACUGUAUCUGUUGUACUGUACCAGAACUGGCAAAGCUCCAGCAACCACAAUCCCAGCCGUGAGCUGGGAGGGUGGCACGUGUUGGCAAGGCGCCCGACUGUAGGCAGGCCCAUUAUCUCUCAUUAGCAAAAAAAAAAAAAAAAAAAAAAAACUCAUUAUACAAAAACACUCAAACCAGGAGAGAGAGCAUUUAUCUGCUGCCUGACCUUGAGAGAGUUCCCAUAGCUUUUCAUGUAGCUACACGCACACACACGCAUCAUGGGUGCCACAAAUUGAGUGCUCCAUUGUUGUGUGAGGAGUGUAACUUGAGUUUGCCCUUGUUUUGCAGUGUGUAGGGUACACUCAGAAGUCUUUGCAGUAGAAAGGGAUUCAGAUCUUAAAAACACAAACACACACUGCUCUGUUUAAGUUCAGAUGGAUGUUCUCCCAGAUCCCUCAAGGAAACAUAUGGGCAUCUAACUCAAAACAAAACAAAAGACACAAGGGUGAUCGUUUGGGAGUCAAACAGGUUUCAUUAUUAUGAUCUCCUCACAGCUUACACUGGGUAAGUGUAUUUGAAAGAGAGCACCCCUAAAUCCCAACUCGCUUCUCCAGAGUCUCGGGGAUUUCUGAUUAUUUGAAUAUCAUCUUCGGUUCACCUCAGUUCAAGCACUGCAGUCCUAUGCUAACAUGUAACCCUUGCAUGUAGCACAGGAUAAACACUGUUUGAGGGAAGAUCAGUGGGAAACAAAAUCAAAAGAGAACUCCUCCUGAGCCCAGUUCAGACUUCAGGAAACAAGAUUUUCAUUUUGUGUUAAAAAUCUGAACUUUUUAGAAAAACACAGUUAAAGAUGUCUUUAUGCAGGCUUCAGAAGAUCUGCAAUUUCAGGACUGAUUGACUUUUAGAUACAUCUAAAACUUCUGUUUUGGCCUCACUUACUCUGAGUCUUUUUUGCAGGAGGAUGUUUGGUCCUGUGUUUAAACUAUUAUAUUCAUCAUCAUUAAGUGCAGUUAACAUGUCUACACAUCCUGAUGUAAAGAUGGCGUUCUGCUACACAUGAUGACCACACACACACACACACACACACACACACACACACACACACACUUUCACACAGAUUUCUCUCAACAGAUGUUGAACAACACCGCUAAUGGAGAGUCAAUGGAGAGGAACAAUGUUAGCAAACAACAAUGCAUUGUUCCCUCUAAUACAUGUGUGUGUGUGUGUGUGUGUGUGUGUGUGUGUGUGUGUGUGUGUGUGUGUGUGUGUGUGUGUUUAUGCACACACUUACUCAUCCUCUCACACAUACACACAGACACUUCACACACUCUCCCUGUAACACAAGCACAGACUGGUAGGCAUUAGUUCUGCCCCAUGAUCAUUGCUCAUUUGCUUGAUUCUCUAGUUGACCAUGUUUCCUCUCUGUUAAGCAAAAAGGUGUUUAUGUUAAUUGAAAACAUUUUAGCACCUUUAAAAACCUAGAAUAAGUGAACCGGCCAUCCUAUGGGGCAAUCUACAAUAAAAUCUGAUAAUUGUACAAAGAGUUUCUAUUUGGGCUGGUUCAAAAUAUGAACUGUAUGAUUGGGGAAGCAUUUUGGUCAGACCAGAACUAGAAAGAACAGAGGCCAUGACAAAAUCCACAGUACCAGGAGCAGCUGCACAUUUUUUAAAUUUCCUUUUAGUAAUGAUCAAUUUCUGUUUUCCACUGUACCAUGAUGGUGUUGAUUCAUGUGGUUAAAAGCAGACAUUACAUUUAAUUUCUUUUGUCUUAGUAAAUUAAAAGCAAACAUUAGCUAAUGGUUAGUGUUCUUGCCUGAAAAGAAACUGAAAUGAUCGAUCAGCUGUUCAAAUGGAUGCGCAUUGAUUUUCAGUCAAAAGACUGUGUUACAUGAUGUAAAUGUUUCUUUAUUAGAAGUGGGGUCUUUUUUUUUGCUUAGUUUUUCCCUGUUGUGUGUUGUCAACUCAGAGAUGAGUGGACAGAGGCCAUACAGAUGGUGGCUGACAAGCUGCAGAGACAAGAGGAGGAAAGGAUUCAGUGCAGCCCCACCUCCAACAUCGAUAACAUGGUUGAAGAGGAAAUGGACAUCUCCACCACCCACCACAAACGCAAGGUAGUACACAGCAACAUACACUCGCAUGAUCAUUUCACAGGUACUCUUAACACACUGAAAGCUCACAACAUGACACUUUGCAGCUGUUGGUUUUCAUGUAAAGAGUGAUGAUUACCUUUUGGCUGCUUGACUUUAAAAGAGUCUUCAGUCAGUGUGGAACUACAGGGGUAAAAAAGCUCUGAUAUGAAAAGUAUUGUGGAAACAUAACAUUGGUCACACCAAGUUCAGUGUAAACUACAUCUUAAAUAAACAACCCAAAGGACACCACAAAGGACACCGCAGGCUCCCACAGUUCAUGAGGGAGAUGAGGUUCUAAACCAAAAGCUGAUAUGGGCAGUCAUAAAAGCCGGUAUAGCUGUCUAAUGCUGCAUUCGAGUUACCUCGGAAGUCAGGGUUCAGAGCUGGGCAUGACAUCACACCCAAGUUACCAGCGUAAGUCAGAAGAAAGCAAAAUCGGAGGCAGAAACAAGAUGGCUACAUCUACAAAAGUUAUUUUAGCGCUUGCCCUGUCGGAAUAUAAGCAAGGACAAGGCAAGCGCUGAAAUAAAUUUCUUAGAUGUAGCCAUCUUGUUUUCGCUUCCAAUUUAGCUUUUUUCCGACUUGGUUACUGAAAUGCUGGUGACUCAGGUGUGACGUCAUUCCCAGCUUGGACAUCUGACUUCUGAGGUAACUUGAACGCAGCAAUACAUCAUUCACUCAAUAAGGUACUUAUUUCAAUGGGACUGUUGCAUGUUUUUAACUGUUUUAUAUUGAGAUACUUAUGUGGCUGUUCAAAAUGUAAGACACUGCAUAUGUCAAAUACAAAACAGAAAAUAAAAAUGUCCUUAAUCUGAGGUUUUAUAUCAGCAAUAGUAUUGAAACAUUUCAAUGAACACAGAGCUCUACAGAAGUGGUACAAGGCUCUAGCAUAGCAUCUAUUUAUAUGGGAGCAUGGAUGAAUCUUUAGCAUUAAUCCCCUCUGUCUCUUUAAAGACAAUGAGUGACUUCGAUUACCUGAAACUGCUUGGAAAGGGGACUUUUGGAAAAGUGAUCCUUGUCCGAGAAAAGGCAAGUGGGAAGUACUACGCUAUGAAAAUCCUCAAAAAAGAAGUUAUAAUCGCCAAGGUGAGUAAAUGACUGUUCUUUGUUUCGUCAACCUUGAUAUCAAUGUUUUUGAUUUUCUUGAAUACUUUGAUUUUUAAGUAUGUGUCCUUAGAUAUAAAAUGAUCAAAUGCAUGUCAUGAAGUGUUCUUCAGCAGCCGUCUCAGGUAGGUGUUUAAAUAAAAAUGUUUUUAUUCCCUGUAUGCAGGAUGAAGUGGCUCACACACUCACAGAGAGCAGAGUACUUAAAAACACCAGACACCCCUUUCUUACUGUAAGUACCUCAUGUGCACAGAACACAUACAGGUUUAAAUUUAGACGUGUGUGUGUGCAAAUGGACGGACAUCUGCAGAAGUGUCACAAACAUACACACAUACACACCGGCACACAACAUAUUGAUCCUUUACAUAUCUGAGUCUCUGGAGGCUAAUUAUGAGUGAGGAACCAUAUUGUUGUACAUUAACGGCUGCAUCUGUUUGCCAUACAUUCAGCCUUUGAUGUAAACAUCUACACCUUAGCAGCUACUCAUAUUUACCACAUACUGUUCACACACACACACACUCACACACUGUUUUGAGAGCAAUUCCAUCUCACAUUUGAGUUUACCCCUGCCGCACCUGCAGCCACAAAGAGAUACGAGCAACUGUUCUUUUGUUCGGCAGCUCUCUCCCCCCAAAGAAAACACACACAAACCUACUUGCUUUGAAUGAGAAAAUAGAGACAUAAACUGUUUAAAGCUAUUAUUAAUCGCCAAAUAUUGGUCCCACCGUUAAAGCUAAAUUCAGACCAGACCUCCGGUUACAUGCAAAAUGGUUCACUCAUUGUCUUCUCUGUCUUUGUGCGGUAAGUGCAUGUUGGAGACAGGUGCUGUAUCACUUAUUUGCGUGAGAAACACUUUAAAUGCAAGUUAUUACUGUGUGCAACUCUGUAUGUCUCUACUGUUCCCAAAAUAACACAGUAAACUAUUGUGAGAGUAAAUAUGCCCAGGUAGUUAGCAUUGUCUGGUAUCAAUCACGUUGCACUCUGGGAUAAAUCUAGAUCACACUGUACUCGAAGAUGAAAUAUAUGUGACUAUAUGACAAUGGCAAGUUAACCCUCCAACAGAAUGACACAAAAGAAAAACACUAGACUGUAAAGUGGAUGAAACUGGCAAGACACACAAAUAAACUGUGUCUUUGUGUGUGUGUGUGUGUGUGUGUGUGUGUGUGUGUGUGUGUGUGUGUGUGUGUGUGGUUUUUGUUACAGUCACUGAAGUAUUCAUUCCAAACUAAAGACCGCCUGUGUUUUGUCAUGGAGUAUGUGAAUGGAGGAGAGGUAAGGUACACACACACACACACACACAUAUACAUAGCACACAUAUACAUAAAUACGUCUUUGUUGCACUGCUUUAGACCUCUCUAUCUGAUCGGCCCUCUAUUUUCGAUGCUCAGUCAUUGGAUUGAAUUGGUACAGAUCUUGGUUUCGACACACACCUACAAGAUAUUGGCCAAGCUUGUUUUUUAUCAUCUCAAAUAAAUUUCCAAAAUAAGAUAACUCCUGUCUCCCACUGAUUUGCACAAAAAUAUCUUUUCUAUUUCUCUCGUUUAUAUUAUUGUGAUGCACUUUAUAUCAGACAGCAUCACUCAGAGGUCCGUCCAAAGACUACAGCUAUAGUUCAUUCUCCGGCUGGAACUUUAACACGCAGACACCCUCAAAAUCACUAAUUCACUCCUGUCCUUACCACCUUUUGUUUGUUAUACGGUUUUUAUUGAUUACUUUAAAAGCUUUAAAUGAACUUGCCCAGGAAAACAUUAGAGAAGUCUUGAUCCCCCAUGUGCCAAAGCGUCUCCUCAAAGCCAAAGAAGGCAGUCAAGGCCUUCAGACUGCAAAUCACAAUAAGUCUGUUUUAGAACAGCUUCAAUUAAUUCUUGAAUUCAAAGCUGUUUUUAUUUGACCCCUUUAUUAUGACAUCUUUCAUAACUGAGCUUUUUCUGCUUUUCCUGUAUUAUUUGUGAAGCACUUUGUGAAUUCAUAUAGAAAAGUGCUUUGCAAAGAAAGUUUAAUUUUUUUCAAGGCUAUCCCAAGCUUUGAAAAUACAUCCAGUACAGAAAGAUGCCAGAAUAAAACAAAGCUUAAUCUGGUUCUGGCCACCUGAAAAAUCUGCUUGGUUUGUAAAUGUAUCAUGCACAGUUUUUGUAUGGAUCAGUUACAUUUAAUCCCAGGUGUUUGAGUUUUCAACAUCAACUAAGCAAAGGAAUUUUGAGACAUGUAAACACUUUAAGAGCCGCUAAAGUUUGACUGUUUGAUCGCUGUCUAACACAGUUAAUUUGCCAACCAACUGGCCUCUGGCUCGCCUUCUUGUUCUCCUUUUUCGCUCCAUCCGUCUCCUGCUUGUGUCUAUUUAUGAACACACCUAAGGGACAGAUAUAGCCAGAAUGACAGUCGGAGAUGAAAUGAGUUUGGAUUCCACCACUUCUCCACUUCUCAGAUUUUUAAUCGGGCCGUUUUUUGCAAUCUUGGUUCAUUCCCUCAGUGUAACUGUCACCUGCUCCCCUCCCAGUCAGUUAGGAAGUUCAGCCAGCGCCAGGCCUGAGCGCACACUAAUACACACACACACACAUAGAGAAAACACCAGCAAACACACACGUACUUAGACUAAUACACACAGCAAAAUUUUACCUCAACGGACAAAAUGUGACCAAAGAUGCCUCACAAACACACACACAUAUGUAUGUACACACAUACACAACCCAUUACAAACCUGCCACAGUCACAGCUGCCAGUACACUGAUGAAGGCCCACCUGUCGUGUUACCCCAUCUCACCGCAACCCCCGCCACACACACACACACACACUUUACACACAGACACCAUUUGAGCAAGGUGGUCUGUGAGCAUCACUCCAGCGGCCAUAUGCAAACCUCCCUGAACAAUUAAUGGAGGGAUGUGUGCCCCUUGGUCUCAUGGGUAAUUUGUAUGACUUGACUGGUGCACCACAGCAGGCUGGUGUCAUUUUGGUGCCACAUGUGUAGCUGUAUGACAAGUUGACAACUGAGAGCCAGGGAAAGAAAGAGCAAGAAAGAGAAAGCGAUAGAGAGACGAAGAAAGAAGUGUGAGGUGAGAGAUGGAAAAGCAAGAUGGAGGAGGAAGAGAGGGUCAAGCCACCCAAAAAACUGAGUUUUGUACUUUUUUGAGAGUUAGAGGAAGCUUCUUGCCAAAAACAGAUAUGAGAAUGGAGUAAAUGAAGAUGGAGCCUCAAGGGGGAAGGCCAGCGAGGCUGCAGAGGGGGUUGUUGGGAUAGGCAGGGAGGAGAAAUGCUGGUGGUGGUGGUGGCAGUAGUUGGCCUGUCUUUAACUAGACUAGUGUAUUGAUUAAACCCUUGAUUUGGCCCCAAUUGCCGAACUCCACGCCAGCAGCGUGCCAACUGAGCCCAGAGGGUAGCGUGGAAGAGGUAUGACAGUGUGUGUUUGCGUGUGUGUGUGUGUGUGUGUGUGGUGAGGGAGGCUGCUAGAUGAGGCGCCAGCUGCCGAGUGCCUCCACCCGCCCUCCGCCGAGGCAGCCCACCCCCCCUACCCCCACCCAACCCCAUCUCCACAUACACCCCUCUGCUCACCCUCCCCUCCGCUAUCUAUCAUCUCAAUAUGGUGCGGGCAGCCAGUUUGUGUUGUGCUAAUUUCCUCCAAUAAAUCAGUAAUUAUUGCUGUGCCGUCCCUGCUGUCUCUCCCCUCUCUUUCUCUCUCUCUCUCUCUCCCCCGCCCUCUCUCCCUCACCCUCUUUUUGCCUCCCCUCUUCUCCCGCAGCUGUUUUUCCAUUUGUCCAGAGAGCGGGUGUUCUCAGAGGAGCGCACGCGCUUCUACGGCGCAGAGAUCGUCUCGGCCCUCGACUACCUGCACUCAGCCAAGAUUGUGUACCGGGACCUCAAGGUAAACAGAAACAGAGAAAGGAGGUGGUUGGGGGGCAUGGAUCAGAGUGAUGAGAUGUUUGAGGGAAAACUUUUUUUUUUUUCCUGUUCCCUUCAUGCAGGAGGAGAGAUGUAGCUCAGGAUGUGCUGUAAUUAAAGUGAGGGACAGGGGCGAGCGCACAUAGACAUAAGCAGUAAAAAAGUGAGAGAGAUGGAGGGAGGGGGGAGGGAGAGGGUGCGAGUGCCACAGAGGUAGAGAGGUAGAUGGCUCUGUCUGAGCGUCUGCCUGGCAGCCUUGGCCCUGGCCCCGCUCACAGCAGCCAAGAAACAGAAAGGAGGAAAACGCAGACUGAGAGCGAGAAAAACACUUCAGCCAUUAAAAUUAAAAGGUUGAGUGGCUUCACUAUAUGCCUGAAGUUUAUUUCCCUCCUCUGCUCAGAGUUUGUGUGUCUGAGUGUGUGCACCGCAACUACGUCGGGUGAUACACUUUGUUAUUUUCUCACCUUGUUUGCCCCUCGCUGUUUUCUUCCAGGCUCUUACCUACUGCCAUGUCAAGGUGGGGUACUUACACCUUAGAUACAUCUUGUCUGAAAGCAAAUCACACAGAGGCGGGGCAAAGUCAUUCCAACUCUGAUCCUCUCUCAGGGGUAGUAACAGAGCUGUAAUAGGGAGGUAUAAGGACGUGUGUGUGUGUGUGUCUGUGUUUGUGUUUGUGGUGCUCCUGCAGUGUAGCCAUGCCUCUUGUGCCGCUGCGAUGCCAUAAUGCAAUGUGUAAUCACACACUAGAACAGCAAUAUCAAGCCAUUGUUGGGUAAAAAGUCAAAAGAAGCAGCGAUGGGGAUUCUGUGUUAGAGGCUUUUGACUUGACCGACAAAAUAAAGCAUCUUAUCAGUCAAUAAAGCAACAAUGUCAUUUCUGACUCCUAUGAAUUAUGAAAAUGAAUUAUUAUACAAAACUCUUGUCCAAAGUUUCAUGAAUUCCAGCCAGUUUCAUACUUAAUUUAACAUGAUACAAGUUAUCGACAAGAUUACAGGUUUGUCUUUCACUGAUUUCUUUUUUUUCUGAGAUUUUAAGAUUGUUUGUGUUUCUGUCAUUGUUUGUUUCCCUCUUAGUUGGAAAACCUGAUGCUGGAUAAAGACGGCCAUAUCAAGAUCACUGACUUUGGCCUGUGCAAAGAGGGCAUCACAGACGCUGCUACCAUGAAGACCUUCUGUGGCACGCCAGAGUACCUGGCACCCGAAGUAAGUUUUGUGUUUUCUUCUAAUCUGUUUUCUGUAUCCUCAGAUUGUCUUUUGAUUUCAUUGUUGGCUUUUUCUCUUUUGCUUGCACACCUUGAACCUCUGCACCCUCUUUUUUCCUGUUCUCCUUCAGUAUUUCUUUGACAAACUAAAACGAACUCUCCUUAAGUGUAUUUCACUCUUUCCUCAGCACAUCUCUCUCCCUUCAUGCUUUAAUCCCCAACACUAUUUACUUAUUUUUAAUAAUGCACCUUGAUUGAGCAGUAUACUCAUGCUGUAUCUUGCAACUUCCCAGGCCAUGUUCAUUGUACUUCAUAUUUUCAAUGUUUUGGAAAACUUAAGUCUGAUGUCAUACCCAAUAGUUCUUCUGUUUCGUCUGAUACAACUCAACAACUUUGAUUUUUCUUGAAAAUCCUAGAAAAAGUAAUGAGAUCUUAGUGGAAAACACUUUUAGAAAAAACUCAGGGAAGUUAAAUACUGUUUUUUUUUAUUAUUUAGGAUCUAAUAUGAGCAUAAAAUCACAUUACUGCCAUGUGUCAUGUGCAGGUAUGAUUCAACGAAAACACAAUGACAUCCUACUCUUUGUACAGAGAAAAUGAUAUGAUUUUGACUUCACUGUUUUUGAAACACAUAUAGGACUAAGAAUGUAUAAACUCAAGAAGUUUGCAUUUAUUCUUACAUCUACAUCCUUUGAGAAAUGACAGAAAUUGAAGGACAGUGUGUGGGACUUGUAAAUAAACUGGGGCUUAAAAGUCCAUAAAAGCAUUCGAGGCAUCCAUACACAUAUCCACUCUGCAACCUCAAGACAUGAUGUGAACCCCUUACCCACAAUGCCUUGCUUUAUGUAAGGGUGUUCAAAACCUUCUUAUUAUGUAUUUUAUGUAUGUACAUUUUAAUUUGCAGAUUUCACAGGCGAACAAUUACCAUAAAAUCACAAUAAACUGUAAAUAUGCAGCUCAUGCGUGUGAAUGAGGGUGUUUGUUGAAUUAAAGAAGGUCACAGCACGACGCUAGCGCACGCAGCAACACAGCUACAUUCUUUUGAGGAUUUUUUUUGCAGUCAUCCGCUGUCCAGCCAUCAGCGCUGCUUCACUGGAAGGCCAGCAGAUCAACUGGCGAGAGCUUUGCAGCUCUGUGGGUGGUGGAGACAGCAAUGGAGAUGUGGAGAUGAAGGCACGAGAGGAGAAGCAUAGUGUAUAUCCCACUUGAAAAAGUAUGGAGGACAAUUUGGCGCAGCAUUUUGUGCUUUUUUUUAGAGUCCCUUCCUUUGCGUGCCAAAAGCUGAUUGGAGGCUGUUGGUUAUUUUUCACAGGAUGUGCGUCUGUGUGCAUUUAUGUGUGUGUGUGCGCGUGUGUACGCCGUGUGUGUGAUUGCAGUAGAAAGUGCGGGCUAAAGCGAGGCAGAUGGCGGCAGAUGGGCGAGGUUGGAGGAAGGUGCUCGGAAAAAACCUGGAAAUCUACACCACCGCCGCCGCCACUCACCCGCCUGCACGCUCUGCUCGCCCGCCCGCGUGUAAAAAUAACACAGUUUGCUUGGAGCCAAGUUACAGAGAUGCAAAGUAGCCGGGAUUAAAAAGAGAAAGGGGGAGGUGGGGGUGAAGACAGAGGGAGAUGAGAAGGAAGAGAAAAUAUUUCAGGGUUACGGGAGUGAAAUUCAGACAGUUCCCGUGUUUGCUGUUAGUGAAAAGGGCAGAUGAGAAGUGAAUAAAAAGGUUUGUCUGCCGCGUGCCUGAAGGAACUCACGAAUAGAUACUCCAGCGACACUAAGCUUUAAAGUAAAUAAUUCUUUGGCUGAUUUUUUUUUUUUAAGGCAUUAUAUUGAAGUACGAUUGUCAGUUUGAAGGAUGGUCAAAAAUAAAAAAAAGAAAAGAUUAGUGUGAGAUUAAUGAACAAUAAGCAGUUUAAGGUCCUUGUAAAGAGAUGGAACAGGAUCAGAGAAAACACAUGGAGAGUGUUUUUCUCUGUUUUCUCAUAUUUUUUGUGUUUGACACAUUUCCUUGUGGCUAUUUUCUUAAGUGUUAAAGGGGAUGGAUUUGGGAUUUUUCCAUCUAUUUGUCUGUUUGUUUUCAUUUUGUUUGUUGUGCAUAUUUGGCAUUGUGUUUUCUUUUUACUGUAACUGUAAAUGUUUCAUAAACAUAGCAGCACAGUCAGCCAUUAGUUAAACAUUGAAAAACUGUCAAAACAGUGUCAACAUAAAUCGAGUUCCACAUGAUGACACUCGUGAGAUAGAAGGUCUCUGUGCGACACCGACAAUAUGUGAGUGUGUGUUCGCUGUGCCGAGUAUAUGAGGUCUCUCUGUGUGUGUUUGUGUUCCCUGUAGCCUGCUGGGAAUCUGGGCUGGUACAGCCACAGGCUGUGUGUGCCCAUCCCAUCCCAUCUAGUCCUGUCCAGGCUGCCAAAGCCCCCGUCCCGCGAGCUGCAUCUAUCUGCCACAUGGCUGCCCCAGCAGGGACCAGGACAGGACAAGACCUUCUCCCUCACGGCUGCUUUUAAUCAGAGCUCCUCUCCUCUCCUCUCUCCUCGUCACAUUUCUCUCAUUCAUAAGUUCUUCAGCUUCAUCCCAUUUACUUCUUCUGUCUUUUUGUAGCAUUUUCACACUUAACCACACAUACUGUAUUGUACACAAAUAUACACAAACCCACACACUCCCAUGCCUCCAUGCCUAGGGCUGUGGGGCAGCAUUCUGGCUCUAUGUGGAUUAAUCUGCUCCCUGCCUGCAACCGAGCUGCCACCACUUUCUUUGGUCCCAGGAUACACACACACACAAACACACACACUUGCACUUACAUGAGCAUACAUAUACAUGCCCAACUGGAAGGUUUUAGUUUGUGUACAUUUCUGUACCUUUUAUACAAAGACUCGACACUCAGCCCUGUAGAUCAGCACAGAACGCCAGCUUCCUUGAAUUUCAAAACUGCUGUGUGUGUGUAUGUGUGUGUGUACAUGUGUGUGUCCCUCCUCAAGGUGCAGGGACUGAAACAACACAAAACAUCUCCUAGUUUGCAUCCCUCUCAAAAACUUUAUGAAUUUGAUGAGGACGGAUAAAUAUUCCAUCUGCUGUGCGUGUGUGUGCCUGACAGUCUCCCAGCAGUCUAAGCCAGUGUUAUCCCUCCAGCCGUACCAAUCAAUAGUAUAUCUGGAGCUGGCGGCGCGCUGCGUUCCCCCAGCUCCUCUCUGCAUCUGCCAACGGGGGUGACCGGCUUAAUGCUCAAACUCACACAUACAUACACACAGAUUCACACAUAAAAUAGCACUCAUAACUCUCUUAUUCACUUCCACGCACAUGUUGACUUGCACACUCUGAAGCAGCCGCCUGCAUCAUUAGCAGUUUAGUGCCGAGUGUGUGAGCUCAGUCAGUUAAUGACCAGCUUUGUGUGGUUAUUUGGCUGCUGUGGAAACUAACAGGCAGCUGUUUGUUGUUCUCUCUCUCACCUGGUUCCAAUGCAAAAAAAGCACACCAAACAUCAUUUACAGACAGAGAUGUGGAGAAAUCCUUAUCACAACCUUCACGUGACGGAAAAAAUAUCGUCCCAAAUUUGGAGCCUUUAGUUAUGACUCUUGAGUCUUUUUUUUAAAUUAUUAUUUAUUAAGAGUUUUGAAAAGCAGGAUUCUUGAUCUUUAGUGCUGAUGAUAUAAUUUGAAAUAGUUAAAAGUUCUGUACAUGCAUGUGCAUUUAGAUAUAAGAUCCUGAAUUCACCUCUGUUAAAUCAGCACUUAGUCCUUUUUUAUGCGUCUAUGAUAACUGUAAUUCUGUUAAAAUCAUAAAGGUACUACAGUCUGAGGUAAAAUUUCAGUAUGCGCCACAUUCUCAGUAGUUAUUUUAAGAGUUUGUGAGUCUGCAGUUUGGAUUAUUAAGCCUCUAUUCUGAUCAAUAAAAGCUGUUUAUGCUUCUAAGCCACUCAGUCUGUCUGCAUCUGCCAACAUCUCACUGCUGCCAGUAGCUCAUCGAAGCUCUCGUAUAGUGUUGUUUUUGAUCUUUUAGUAUAAAACUGUUUGCUGUAAAGUUUAAUCGUAUCAUCUGUUUUUGUAUGAUUUACAAUAAUAAUGUGGAAAAAAACACGCUUUUGUGCGAACGUGUUUGCGUUUAUUUAUUCGUGUGUGUGUGCUCACGUCCACUCUACCUGCUCCGUUAUUAACCGUGAGUGAGAUGUUAUUAUUAUGGGCGAGGUGUACAACAUAUGCUGUUCUGGCUGUUUUCCAGCUCUGCCUGUCUGUCUGUCUGUCAGUCAGUCGCACGCAAACACAUGAGCAACUACAUACACACAUGAACACACAUCAUGUUAAUAAGACUAUUAUGGUAAUGAGCACCGCAAAAACCCUAAAAAUACCUCUGUUCCUAAAUCAGCCUCUCUUUUUCCUCUCCCUCUUUCUUCCAGAGGUGAGCGAACGGGCGCAGGAGGAGAUUAAAGCGAAGGAACAAGUGAGGGAAGAAGUGAUUAGAGGACAUAGAAGGCAGGAUAAGACAGGAUAGAGAGAGGAGACAUAAGGAGAGCAGGCAGGAAAUACAGGCAGGAAGGCAGCCCAGACACAAGACUUUGAUUUGCGAGCGACUCCUUUCACAGAACCUCUUUCCCCUUCACACAAACAGACACACACUCACUCACACACACAGCAGCUCAGAGCACUGCACCUGUGCUAGCCAACUUAGAGGUUGGACCGGCCCUGACCCGUGUUGCGGGCUGUUCCUGCCUUUUCCAUCCAGGGACGGUCCUCUCUGUUUCUGCCAGGAGAGGAUCAGUGUGCCACAGAGAGCUGGCAAGGACCAGAGGGGGCAUCUGGUGGGCCACGCCAGCUCGCUGACUCUCUUACUGUAACAGAGGCCUCUGAAGACCUGCCAUCCCAGGAUGUUUGCCUCUGUAUGUGUGUGUUUGUGUGUAGAGAGAGAAAAGGGGGGCUACUGUCUGCUCCUCAGCCCUUGUUGUCUGUGCAGACACUUCUGCUCAUCUCAAAAAACUUGUUUGUUUGUUUUUUUCAUUUUUCCUGGAGCAAAACCACAUAUUUAUUCUCUUUUUGUUGUUUUAUCUCACUCAUCUGUCCCGCUGUUGAAUACCGAGGACUUUGUCCAAUGAAAUAAACGAGAAUUAAAGCAGAUGUCCUAUUAAAUAAAUGGCCCUUGUUAAAAGAAAUACUAAAGUUGUGUGUCUCUCUGCAGGUCCUGGAGGACAAUGACUACGGCCGGGCGGUAGACUGGUGGGGUUUGGGUGUGGUGACGUAUGAGAUGAUGUGUGGCCGUCUACCGUUCUACAAUCAGGACCACGAGAAGCUCUUUGAACUCAUCCUCAUGGAGGACAUCAAGUUCCCACGCACUCUGUCGGCAGAUGCCAAGUCCCUGCUGUCCGGCCUGCUCAUCAAAGACCCCAACAAAAGGUGUGUGUGUGUGUGUGUGUGUGUGUGUGUGAGAGAGAGAGAGAGGUUGGUGAAGGGAACUGUGUAGAUUUGUAAACAAAGGGACAUUAUUGACAAAAAAAGCAAGGAAACAAAAUAAGCCUGUCUGGUAACACUUGACUUGACACCUAUCUAUGUGACGCAUUUUAAAUGUAUGUAUAAUGUGUUAUAAUCAUGUUAUAACACUGUAUAACUAUAGUUAUAAACACUCAUAAAUGAUUGUAAUGCUUUAUAGCAAUAAUCAUAACACAUUAUAAAGCAUUUUAUCAUGACUAGGUCAGGUAUUAUAAUGUGUUUUAACUGUUAACAACUCACUGACAAUGCCCACAUAGAUAUUGCAUUAUACAUUUAUUUAUGAUGUGUUAUAAUUUGCUUAUAAACUUGUAUUACUAUCAUUAUAAACAAUCAUUACUUCUCAUAAGGCUUUAUACCAGACUUUGUUAGUCAUGAUAAAUGCUUUAUAAUGUGUUUUUAUUAUUGCUAUAAAACAUUAUGAUCGUUUGAGUGUUUGUAACUACAGUAAUACAGUGCUAUAACGUGAUUAUAAUGCAUUAUACAUAUAUUUAUAAUGCGUUAUAGAGAUAGGCGUCAAAUUAAGUGUUACUGAAUUUUUCCUACUUUACAUCUAAAAUCAUCAUGACUUUGUUUCAACAUUUUAGACAGAAGGCCACAUUUUUUAGUUGGCUAAAUUUUGCAUAAAAGGUGAAAAAUAAUUAGCCACCUUAAAUAAGGAAUGAAUAAAUACUGCUAACUGCUGAUAUAUUUAUUUAUAGCAUGUGCAUCUAAUACAACCUUCAACAUGGUUUUGAAAGUCUAAUAAGAGUCCAAAAUUCCUUCUUCCUCUUAAUUACCUGGAUUGCAGGAAAUCCUCCUCAUUUAUCCACCGACUUACCUCAUCUCUUUGGAUGAUUUUCUAAUCAUCUCCCUGAAUUUUAGAAAUUUGAAACAGAGUUUUUUCAUGUUUAUUAAAGAAGUAAAAAAAAAAAAGUCUUCAUCACCUUGGAUAACUUGCUCUAAUUUGAUAACUGUCUUUCAUUUGUUUGUGUAAAUAACUGAUCUGAGUUUCUGUUCCUAACAUUCCCCUCCUCUCCUCUAGGCUUGGUGGAGGACCAGAUGACGCUAAAGAAAUAAUGAGGCACAGUUUCUUCUCCGGUGUGGACUGGCAGGAUGUCUAUGACAAAAAGGUAACAUGGUUGUGAAACUGAAGCACAUCUUUGAUUUCUCACACGUUUCUUGAUAUGUUAAGUGUAGCAGGAUGAAGGUGAGUGACUUAGUUUAAAGACUAUACAAAGGUUGUGAGUUAGCUCGAGGAACAGAUGAAGAGACACAGUUGUGAUUGUUAGAACAGUGAAGCAGUGUUGAGCACAGGGCAAUAUGAGAGGUGAGAGUUUAUAUCCUGGAGGUUUAUCUUUCUGCUGUUUGCUGGUCUAACACCAGAAAGUGUAAGUUUGAUCCUGUGUGGAAACACUUACAGCAUGUCAGGCUGGUGCUGAGCUUCUUCCAAUCAUUUGUCUCCUUUCUGGAUCAUUCUUCUUCUCAUUCUCCUCUCUCUGUCUACUAUUCCCACCCCCAUUUCUUUUUCUCUUUUGGUCCUUUCUUCCUUUUUUACCCAUCCUUUUUGUCUCUCCCUCUUCCACUAUGUAUGUCUGUUCCUUUAGUUUUAUUUCUUCUUCCUCACUUACCUUUACUUUCCUUAUCUUUUCCUCCCAUUUUCUCUUCCUCUCACCACUUCUUUAGCUUUUUUUCCUUCCCCUCUCAUCCCCCUUUUCCUUGUAGUAAAACAACACAAAGGUUAGACUGAGUCCUCUAUGAGUCUGACAGAGAAACAGGAUUGUUCCUCCUGAUGUUGUUUAAAGACCCACUCUGAUGAAAAUCAUGUUUUUCUUGGUUUUUUUAUAUGUUCAUAUGGCAUUUUUCUGAUGCUACAGGACAUAUGAGAAAACUAAAUGCGAAAUUGCUUUAGUAUUUCUUUAUUCAAAUCGCUGUGAGAAACAGCAGGGUCAGAAACAGUGAGAUUUCAUAUGUAACCAAUCCAAGCUCCGCCCCCAGUGCCGUGCUAUACAAGCCACACUCUGCAUAUAGAGAAGAAAUAGAGAUGACGAUGGCAGAACAAGCGUGUGCGUUAGCGGAUUGCAAUGCUCGUACGAAAGCUAAUUACAAUAUUAGCUUUCACUGUGUCCCUAAAGACUGUAGUGUCCAAGAGCUGAAUAUCUUCUAUGUUACCUGCCACUCCUACCAAAUCGUCAAUGUUAGGCUACAAGCUAACGUGAAGAUGAGUGUGCAGAGCAGUGCUUUCUCCGCCCACGACUCAGAGGCAAAUUACUAAUGAGCUACUGGAGCUCUGCAUGAGAAAAGCCUUGAAAAUGACACAGAUAACAAAUUUUUUGGGAAAAAAAACUUAAUCACAAUUUAAAGACCACUGAGAACACUUUAAGUAGUAAAAAAAAAGUGAUCGGAGUGGAACUUUAAGACACAUAAACAAUUCAGGUCAGGAACAAUAAUUUCUUCAUUGCAAGAAAAUUCUGCACUCCAGUCUUUAAUGCCUUUCCUCCAACAGCACCAGCCAUUGUUAUCCCACAGUUGAACUUCAUUUGUCUCACCUUGUGUCUUGGCCUCAGAUGGUCCCUCCCUUCAAGCCUCAGGUGACGUCUGAGACGGACACCAGAUACUUUGAUGAGGAGUUCACAGCUCAGACCAUCACCAUCACUCCACCAGAGAAAUGUGAGUCUCUCCUUUUCUCUCUUUUUCUCUCAAAGGUUUAUGCACAGACAUAUGUCCUCGUGAAGCUCAAAAAAAGCUCACUUUGAUUCCUUACAUGACUGGAAUUACUACAAAUAAAAGGAUGAAUACAGAAAUAAAUACAGUAGGAUGGUAAAUGUAGCCCUUUAAACCGCAGACAUGCCAGAAAAAAUAACAUACAAGCUGUGUCGUGUGACUUGGAUGGAUUUCUGCAGAGGAUCAUGAUGUAAAUUUAGUUUUUUUUUGGAUUACAAAUAGCAACAGAAAAUCGAAUCUCUUUUAAGGUAAUAAAUGUGAGUUUAAACGAAUUAUCAGUGAUUCGUCUUUUUCUUUAGGUGAGACAUUUCAACUUAAAUUAAUGGGGGAAUCAACACUGAAAAGUGUCGCUGUUUUUUUUUUUUUGUUUUGUUUUUCAAAGUGUGUGGAAUAGUCCUCGGGCCACGUGCAGCACUUCACAGGCUUUUGAAAUAAAGACGUCGCUUUUCAAAAUGUUUCGGCACUGAAUUAUGCAUGAGUGGAACCGAUGUGUCUCUCCGCGCUUACGUGAGGUUCCACUUGUUUUGUAGGUCGCACAACAGUUAGUUAGGAGGAGAUUGGCACAUCAAAGGGGCACUUGUUAAAUGAAUCAUGUUCUGUCGAAGUCUACAGCACAAUAAUGUUACACAAAGACAAUACUUUGAGAUGUUUGAUUAUGUUUUGACAUGAUAAAAUCAACCACACAUUUCCUGAGCUGAUAGUGUGUGUUUAAAUGAUCUUGACGGGGAUCCUAAAAAGUAAAUUAAUCAAGUCAUUUAUUUCCAAAUCUGAAGUUGACGAGGACGGGAUGGACUGUCUGGACAACGAGAGAAGGCCGCACUUUCCUCAGUUCUCCUACUCUGCCAGUGGUCGUGAAUGAACUGUCCAUCACAUUGACAUCAUCACAGCUGGUCUCUGAGGUCAUCAGUGUGGGACAAAAAGACCCACAGCUAUGGACUGAUCUGGAAUGACCUUGACUUGAAGGAUUUCGCCCUUCCUUCUCCUCUUUCUCCUCUCUUUUUCACCGCUCCAGUUUGCUCCCCCUCUUUAUUUUUUGAUUCCUUCUUUCAGAGAGAGUAAAUUUCUUUCUCUCGAGUCCUGCACUGCAACCCCAACGUGAUCUGGACUGUGAUGUGAUCAGUUACUGUGUAAUGUCCCUUUAAAGACAGGAGCAUUACCCAUGGCCUGCUGUGCUUUGACAUGUGUCAGUCCUACAGAAAUCAUGACAAAAAAAACUCAAAUAUCUGAUCAUGGAAGACGAUGGCUUACAGCAGAAACAGCAUUUUUUGUCAUUUAGACCCAAACUGCCGUUACUGGUUGUAUCUCAGGCUUUGACACACCGACAGAUACUCACAUAAACAAUUCUGGGAUUGAUUGAGGCUGCCUUGCAUUGAAGAAGCAGUUGUCAUCAGUGAGCAGAACCUUACACACCUCAUAUCGUCAAGCAGGAUUUGACUCAGGUUUUGCUCGGUGCAAAUCAUUGUUGUUGCUGCUAUUUCAACUUCUACAACUACUACAGGUUCCACUACUGCUACUACUGUACUACUGCUACUACUUCAAUCUGGUGCUACACUACUAGCUUAAUGCUGCGGAUCAUCAUACAGGCGCCAGCAACACAUCAAACACCUGUAUUUAACGUCUAUGCUUGUACAGCUGCAGAACAGGUGCCACUACUGCUCCUAAUGCACAGCUAAUACAUAUAAGCUACAGGAUAGGGUGUCGCGUGUGUGUGUGUUUGAGUGUGCGUGCGUGCAUGUGGGUCUGUGUUUAAGAUUACACCUCAAAGCACAGCAGCUCAGGGCGUUCAGCUCCUCAACUAUGAGCUUUACUCUUUUACCAACAAUGCAGUGCAAGGUGGUUAAUACAUCAAUCACUGCAGAGGUGAAAAUGAGAGGAACACCGUUUGUUUGAAUGUUACGCCCCGGAAUUUUUGAAUUUAUUUCUCAAGUCCUGCGAAGUUUAAAUGUCUUAUGUCCCAAAAGGGAAAAUGAAAUGGUACUGUUUCAGUGACAGAAAGCUUUACUAUGACCUUUUGUCAUUAUGGCUUUAGGAACCACAUGGAUGUACCUCUCUGCAUUUGUGUGCAGGAGAAAAAGGGAAACUGCAGCAGGAACAGAUUCACCGCCGAGUGAAAGCAGAAUUCCAUAACGACACGUUGAGCAUUGUAAUGACAGGAAAGAGAGAGAGAGAGAGAGAGAGAGAGAGAGCAGGUGAUAAAAACCCCAAGAUUGAAAUAUUUAUAAUGUGAUCAUUUACAAUGUAUUGAUGAGUGAGGUAAUGUCUGAUUCUCUGUGAGUUUCUAUGAAGGUAUUAAAAAAAAAAAAAGACAUUAUGGUCUGUGAGGAGGUACGCAUCAACAGUUAUGGGUUUACACCAAUCACAG